AUGUCAAAAACAUCUUAUAGAAGGAAGGUAACUUCUGCAAAGGUAAGCGGAAUGCAAUGUGAAUGUUACAUUGUGUUUUCCUAAAGGUAAUAAUAUAACUAUUUUGUUCUUUUAUAAUUGUAAUAGAUGAUUGAACUAAUUAUUAAAUUGAAUGAUCACUCAGCAGGGUUAUCCUUAGUAGUUUUGAUUCCCUGAGCAACAAACCUUUUCAAGACCUUUUAACAUACUCUCGCAUAUGGCAUGGCUCCUCCAUUUGUCCACUUAAGUGACAAGAGAAAAUGGCAAAAAACUAAACAAAAAAAAUUGGGGGGUCCGAAAUGUUCCCAAAUUUUGCAACAUUGUAUAGACCGGCUGUUUCUACUUCUGUCUUUACAACUAAUCUAACACUAUAUCUCACUGAUUCUGGGACCCAGACAGUCAUCAUGUUCUUCAACACAACCAUAUACCUCAGUGGAUAUAAUUUUAGAAGAACACUUUAAGCACCAUAACCACUACCUCCCAUUAGAGUGUUAUAGUGCUAGCAGGCUUCCGAUGUUUUGUGUUCGUCCUUUGUCUUUGUCUGCAAAGGCUCUAUCCAGCAAUACUUCGGUCAGUUCCUUUCUUCUUCCACAAACCUCAUGCAGUCACUUUAUUGUUGAAUAAAGACAAGUCUAAGUACAGGGAAGAUCAACGUAUAUUUAAUUAAAAAGGAUAUUUGUUUAUAGAGGGAAAAAAAUGGGAAAGAUAAAACAUAACAGCCAGUAACAAUAACAGGUGUAAUUAAUUACACACAAAACAACUCCACAACCGAAUACAGAUUUUUUUUUUUUUCUUUUUUUAGAAUUCUUUAUUUAUGGUUAAUUUUGUUUAAUACAAUGUGGUAUACAGGAUAUGGGAUACAGAAAAGAGAUUGUGGCUGGGUAAAGAAAGGUAUAGCACAGUUAUACAUUUAUACAGUCCCAUCCUUACCUUUCAUUUUUGGUCUUUGCGGUUACAAUCACACAGUUACCCAUUACAUAUGCAUGGAUGACACAAGCUGGGGUCAGAUAGGUUGUUCAGCAAUGGUCUCUAUCACUCCUCCGUGUUGCGUAACUCUGGUAUAUGGGGAGGGGUGUAUAUGUUCGCUUAGGUUUACCCCAGUAUAGGCCCUGGGGGGCUGUUAUGAUACCUUAUGGGUGUCGAUGUUGCGGUCUACGUCAGUAUGCCUGUUUUCCUAUCUCUCCGCUCUGCCCACCAUCCCUGUUGGCAAUUCUUCUUUGUGGCUAUACCAUCGUUUGCUAGUUCCAUGACGUUACACAGAUUUUGUUUUUUUAAAUUCUUUAUUUGUAUUACACAUAACGAGGAUGUCAGAUGACACCUAACAAGAACUUAAAAAAAAAAAUAAAAAAAUUCACAUGUCAAAACCUUCAUCAAUGAACUUGGUCUCUAAAAUGUGUUUUUAAAAAUGUAAACAAGAAACAAUAAAAGAAAGAGAGAAAGGAGGGGAACAAAAAAAUUAUAUCAGCUUUCCCGAUCUCAUAGACCAACUCCGGAUCAAUUUGAGAUAUAUUCCUUCCAUAGUUCCCAAACGUUAAAAAAGGUAGGUGUUGUGUAACUUUAACUGUGAGCUCAUCCAUGAUAUAGUUAUCAUACGUCUUGCAAAGAUGGUCUUUCCAUUUAGCCAAGCUGCUGCUAGGAUAAUUCUUUUUAGUAGUUUUUGUGAAUGUUUUGGCUUACGCUUAAUUUCCUAAUUCCUUUCCAAUAGAUGUGUAGUUUGGGACAAUCUUAUUAAAUAUGUAAGUAGGUUAAUACACAGAUUUUAGAACAUAACAUUUACAUAGGAUAAUCCCCUUUUUUGCCCACUUAGUCUUGAUGAUCUCUAAAAAUGAGAUUCCCUUGUCAAAGUUGUCAUUCGUCUCAAAUUAGUUUAGGAUUUGAUAGAUUCUUAUUUUUAUUUGUUUUGAUUAUUGAUGUAUGCAGUCUACAUGCAGCAUACUUAUUCCUCUGAUUCAACUUUGAUGAUAAAAAUGUGCUGGAUAGCUUAUUUAACCUGACAAAUGCAUAUAGUUACAAUUUGUUUAAUGUGUUACAAUAUGAUCUGUUUUUGUAUUGUUACACUGAUUUGUCUAAUUAGUCAAUGUUUUAAUUGAAUGUUACCAAUUCAAUACAUUUAUCUCUCCAGGCAAGUCCCAUGCAGACUUGUAAUUAUUUAUUUGUAUAUUCCACAUUAUUGUAUAAAACUUUAUUUUUUAGUUUUUUUUUUUUUUUUGAGGGGAGGUAGGGGUUGUUUUUUGUUUUUUUUCUUCCUCAUUUGGUUUCUUUUUUUAUGAUUAUAAUUGUUUUCCAUUAAGUUAUUUUUUUUUUUUUUAUCGGCAGUCUAAUUGGUAGCAGUAUUUUCCUUCCUUGAUUUGUUCGCCGGGGUAAUUCUCCCCCAAUUAUUUGACUGUUGGUUUGAGUCUUAAAUAUCCUGGCAGAUAUCGGCAUAUUAUGCCUAAGAUUAAGGGAUAGUUUGCACAACACAUUAGGCAACUGCCUUGGAGAUGUGCUUUUUAAUGAUUUAUUCAGGGUUUUUUAGACUAAAGGUUUUCUUUAACGGCUUUAAACUUAUACUCACUCUGCCUGAAGUGGCUGGCUAUCCACCUUUGUGCUUAGUUUGGCUUAACCCUUUAGCUGAUCUCCUGGUGAAGGACCAGGCUGUAAGUGGGUCAGGAACCCUCCGUUUGCGUCAAACUGUUUUAAGGAGAACCGGGAAGAUGCCAAGUCUACUAGCACCGUAACUACUAUAGCAGGCUGUAGUAAUUGUGAUGCAUUAUCUAGAUAAUACAUUGAAAUAAACCAGAACAAUUAUUAAAUAUUAUAAAGUUACUUAUCUUUUAAAGUUCCCACAGGCUGACUGUCUAAUGGAUCUUUUCAGACACACCACUUUUUUUUUUUUUUUUCUUUCCUAUUGUGUUUAAUUGUCACGUGUUUAUGGUUUUAGAUCACUGAUUGGGUUGAACCAUCAUUUGACGAUUUCUUUGGGAACACAAGCACCGUCUCUUCUUCAGGAGCCAUUAAAAGAAAUGCGAAGAACAAUAAUGAGUCUUUAUUAGAUAACAAAGCUCAUGGCAAGAAAAGAACAAAUCCUUCUUCCGCAGCUUCUAGCUGUGAUCAACUUAAGCCGAGCUCAGACCAAUCACAGAAUGAGCCAUGGAUUGAUAAAUACAAACCUGAUACCCAGGUAAGAACACUUAAAGCUGUGUUAUCUCUUACAUUUCCAUUUUCUGCUAAUUUCUAUGGCAGUUGUUCUUGCUCGCUACAUCACAGAGAUCCCUAUGUAUAUGGCAUUAAUUCUGUGACCCAUUCUUCCAUUGCAAUAUAAUAGCAUAUAAUAAUAACCCCUUAAUUGUACCAAUGUCAAAUGGCAUUGCACUAGAGAAGACAUUACUGCUGCAAUAAAUGUAUUUUUGUGGAGAAUUGUGUGGGGUCUCUCUCUUCUAUGAUCUUUCUGUUCCAAUUAUAUGAACUACUGAAAUAGGAUGGAGACCAGUUUUAGGUCAAAACUUAAUGGAUUAAUACCCACUUUACUGUAGAUGUGUUCAUACAUAGAUCCAAAUGUUCUGAUAUUUAAAGGGGUAUUCAAGAUACACUACUAACCAGUAUGAAUUAUCAGUAGUAUUGGCAAAAGCUUUUAAGUAUUGCUUAGCAUGCUAGUUAAUGUGUUGAAGUAGGAGGAAAAAAUAAGUUUUACCUACAUUUAGUCUACUCUCCUGCCUCUCUGACAUUAAUAAAUCUAAAUUAAAAUGUAGUUGUUACAUUUGUGGUUUCUAAGGUAUCGGAUUAAAAAAAAAAUAAAAAAAAUAUAUAUAUAUUAUGCAAAGUUUGGGCUUAAAAGGUUACUCCAACCACCAUUGCCAUGUCUGCUUUUUUUCAAGUGGUCAUGGUGGUAGGAGUCUGUUCGUGCAGUAUUCUAGCUUGAAAGAAAUAGUGCACAUCCAGAGAUAUUUUAAAUUGUGUGCUAAGGUAAGUUGCACCCUCAGCACACAUGACUUUGGCAGCCCAGAAUCCUGUUCCUGGUUGCUUAAUGUCAAUUCUGUGCACAAAAAACAUAUGUCAUCAGGGCACACUACAGCUACCAACAAACGUAACUACUUCUCCCUUGCAGGCUGGGCCUACAAAUGAGAAGCUCCUUGUCUCCUCUUCCUCCCACCCACUCUUAGUAAACCCUUCCUUUUACCUCUGAUAUUUAAUUUAAAAAAAAAGUUUAUUCACUCGCCCUCCCUUUCCCCUUCCCUUUGCGGGCUCAGUAUGCGCACAUGUGCUCUGAGCUGCUAGGCUUCAGAGAUGGGGAUGUGCUGGGAGCUUCACCUGGGGCUGGAUUAAGGCGAGUUAAACUUUGUUUAAAACUCUUGUUAAAUGUUUAUUUUGGUGGCAACCAACAAAAUAAUACCAAUAAGACAUUAUUUUAUUUUACACUAAAAAGGGCUGGAGAAACCUUUGAGGACUCACGUCCAAACAUUACUGAAUAAUUGUGUAAUAAAAUAAACAAAUCUGUUCAGGUUUAUAGUUGAAAUAAACUGUAACUUUGCUUUCAGGCAGACCUUGCUGUGCAUAAGAAGAAAGUUGAAGAAGUUGAAUCCUGGUUGAACGUUCACAUUGAUCAGAAACCUCCAAAGCAGGUCUGGUUGUCCUUUAUUAGCUUUCUGGUUUUUUUUCAGAUUAGCAUUUGGGUAAAAGGCACUGUGGUACUUCAUUGAAGAAGAAGAAAAAACUUUCACAUUCAGUUGUUUAUUCAUCAAAAUGGAAACUAAGGACAAUUGCCAAAAUAAUUGGUCUAUUCUAUUUGUUUUCAUCUCCCUAAAAGCAUUUUUCUUCCCUCACAAUUUUAAUUGUCUCCUGUGCUAUUUAAUAUCAUAAUUUCUUUCUCCUACAUAAUGGAAUUAUUCCAUCAUGGUUGUCUUGUUCUUAAGGAUCACUGGCAGUUUAAUUCCCUCAUGCUGAUUUUCCAGCACUAUCUGCUUCCUUGGGGUGGCAUUGGUAUCCUAUAAGUGACCCCAUGCUGAACAAUGAGCUACAUGCAGCCCUUUAGAUAGUCAUGGAUGAACUGCCACAUUCAGACACGGACCAUGGGCAGGCUAUGUCAUUAUUGAGUGAGAUCUGGUUCUUCCUGCAUGCUUUCUGCCAGCUAAUCACAAACCACAGAUGAUGGUUGUGCUGGAUCGCACCGGGUGCCCAGUGCCGAUCACUAUGCAUGAUCAGACUGACAACUCUUGAAAUCGUACCGCAAAAAAAUAUGGCCAUCAGGUGAUGUAACUGAGCACAAUUUGCUUUUAGUUGCAUCAGAUUUACUAAAUAAAUAAUAAAAAAAAAAGGUUAAAUUUGUGUUUGUUUAUUUUGAUUAUAUUUUACCAGACAGGAUAGAUUGAGAUUUUCAAGUAUGUCCUGGGGAAUGUAUGUUUUAAUAAAGUUUAAUCUAAAGUCAAGGUAACCUGUUUUGUUUCCAAUGCCAAGUCAUAAGCAAGUGAAUUAAUAAGGGGAGCUAAGACUUGAAAUUUUAAAAUUGUUUCCCUGUGGUCUGCCUUCUCCAGUGAUCCAAGGCCAAAAAAAUGUGUAUAUAAAGUUAUUUCACUUUAUGUGUGUUUUGGGAUUUUUUUUUAACCUCCUGCAAACAAAGAAGUCUGGAGCAGUUGUAUCCAUACGCUUGGAAUUGUGUGACAUUGCCUGUGUUAUUUGGAGGCAAGGAAGAAGCAAGUGCAUCUUUUCAUUUAUACAUACGCUGCAAAUUUUGUCAAAACAAUGUAUAGACUUAAUGUUCACUAUUUGUAGAUUGCAGGCUCACUUUUAGUUACUCCUGUUGUUGUUAAUCCUUCUGAACUAUGACUAGAUUAAACAAAUUGGAAAUGCAGGAUAAAUAUUAAUGUUAGUCAUCAUUCCUCUUUUGUUUUUAUUUUCCUUCCUUACAGGGAGGUUCACUUCUGCUACUUACUGGACCUUCAGGCUGUGGAAAGACUGCAACGAUUCAGGUUUUAUCCAAGGAAAUGGGAAUUGAAAUCCAGGAAUGGAUCAAUCCAGUAAUGCAAGAGUUCAGACGUGAUGAGCCGCCAGAGGUGUUUGAUCGAGGUAAAUAGGCCAUUUGAUAAACCCCCAUUGGGAUCAUGCUGAUUGUGUUUGAAAACAAUGUCCAAUUCCACAUUUGUAGUGCUCCUGAACACUAAACUGUGUACCAGACCUUGACCGCUGAUGCUUUAUUAAGUGAGUGCUUUGUAAGUUAAUGUCGACAAUUGGAAUUGGAUCCAAGAAGCCAGUAUAAAGAAAUUGAAGAGAUUGAAAUCUCACUAGCAUAAUGUGUUAACACAAGAGGGUCAUUUCUUAAUUUUUUUAAUGUAACUGGGUGAGGAGUGAGUUGAACAAAAUAAUCUAGAGUGGGGAUUUUGUAAAAAAUAAUUGUCUCCCACCUUAUGAGGCUUGCUCUCUUCUCCUCUCCUAUAAACCCUUGCUGUUUUUUUUUUUUUUUUUCUCAUUAACAGUCUUGGUGCUGGCUAGGUAGUCCUAAAUCUUGUGUAUCUCCAUUGGUAGAGCUGUGUGAUGUGAUUGUUUACUCUGUGUCUUCUCUAGAAUUUGGAUUCCAGCCAUUCACCAGUCAGUCUCAAUCCACUCUUUUUCAAGAUUUUCUUUUAAGAGCAAACAAAUACAACAAACUGCAGAUGGUUGGAGAAUCCUCCGGGAGAGAUAAGAAGAUCAUCAUUGUUGAUGUAUGUUUUUGUUUUGUGUUUUUUUUUUUUUUUUCUUACUGUAAACAAAUAAUACAGCUGUAUAUAAUAUCUAGUUAAAGGCACAUUGUAGUCACCAGAACAACUACAGCUAAUGUAGUUGUUCUGGUGUCUAUAGUGUGUCCCUGCAGGCUUUUUGUUGUAAACACUGCCUUUUCAAAGAAACAGUGUUUACAUUACAGUCUAGGGACACUUCCAGUGGCCAAUCCUCACUCACAGUGUGAAGCACUGCCGUUCAGCUUUUCCUUGCUGAACUUUCGCCAUAGAGAUGCACUGAUUCAAUGCAUCUCUAUAAGGAGAUGCUGAUUGGCCAAAGUGGAGUUUGGUUCAUCAUUGACAAUCUGCCAAUCCAAUGCUUUCCUAUGGUACACAUUUUCAUGUAAGUCUUUUACUGGUUCACAUUUGUGAACUGUUUAGCACAUUAGAACAUUGUCGGUUUGUAACAUAGUUGUAUUCUUGCUUUAUGUGGUGACCUGGAGCUCUACGGUUAUUAAGCAGUAUUUGAAUAUCAACUUGGUAAUAUUUGUAGUUCUUUAGCUCCACAUUGGCUCUAUGCCAUUAUGAUUUUCAGGUUGAUGGUGAGGAACAUCAUGGCCAAUUUUGCCAUGGUUAGAAUGGAUCCUCCCUAGUGUUUUAUAGGUCUGGCUUACUAAUGGUUUUUCUAGGCUAGCCUUUGCCAUCUGAGGCCAAAUUUUGUGUGCACCAGCUAAUUUAAUGUUGCCCACAGCCACAAAUUCCAGAAUAGAGAGUUAUGUUCAAGGCAUGCUAUCUAUGUCCUAGAAUGCUGGUGGCCUGGUCCAUGUCACAACUGUGACUGUGUGCCGGUACUUCAGUAAUGAGGCUACUAGUGCACACAGUGCAAGUCGGCUUCCACUGAGAUCUCACCCACUCUGCAGGUGCUGGGGGAAAGCAUAAACAAUUUUUGUUUAGUUGUAUUUAUGUGUGUGCAUAUAUACACACAUACAUAUAGGAAAUGUGUAGUUGUGUGUGUAUCUGUAUACAUGAAUAAGGAUUUUUGUGAAUGAGUGCACGUCUGGCAAUAAGGAUCUGUGCUCCAUACUGGAGAUGACAGCUUGGCUAUUGGCCCUUUAGGUAAAUUGAUUUUUAUACCACUGGAGUACAGCAUAGUUACAUAGCUGAAAAGAGACUUGUGUCCAUCAAGUUCAGCCUUCCUCACAUAUGUUUUUGCUGUUGAACCAAAAGAAGGCAAAAAACCCAGUCUGAAGCGCUUCCAAUUUUGUCACAAACUAGGAAAAAAUUCCUUCUUGACCCCAAAAUAGCAGUCAGCAACUCAUUAAUGAUUCCAUCUCUAACCAACUACAUGGCUGAGACACACGGUGUGAUGUUCUAUCACCAUCAUGUUUUCAAAUCUGUAGUUCUGUGGUUGUUUAUUUACUUUUCUCCUAUGGAGACAAGAAAUAUGCAGCAUUGCUAAGCAAACUUGAAAAGUUAGACAUAUUCACAUCAGCUCUGUAUUUAUAUAUGCACCAAGUGUACUGUUCAUGUUAUUUUUCUUUUGUGCUAUAAUUUGAAAAGCCUGUUUUUUUUUUUUGUUUGUUUUUUUUUCAAGGACAUGCCCAACCAGUUUUACCGAGAUCCCACAAGCUUACAUGACAUUCUUCGGUAAGUUAUGCAAGUUUGGAGAAUUUGCUAAAUAAUAACUGAUAAUUCAUGAUAUUUUCCAAACUGUAAUACCUUGUGUUUUAGGAGGUUUGUAAGAACUGGACGAUGCCCGCUGGUGUUUAUAAUCUCUGACAGCCUGAGUGGAGAAAGUCACCAGAGACGAUUAUUCCCAAAAGAGAUUCAGGAGGAACUGCAUGUUUGUAAUAUUAGGUGAGUAGAGGGUGGGUUAUUUAUUUAUUUAUUUUGAAGUAUGAUUAAGCUGCUGCACCUUUUUAUAGUUAUUCUGCUAGUUGCCCAAAUUUCAGUGGUGAUUGCGGACCACUCGGCAUGGCUCUGGUCAGAGUUAAUAUGGCAAACAAUAGAUUGGAAAAAUUGAGUUUCCAAAACCGGUCUCCUGGACCUAGUAGUAGUCUAGAAUUUGAGCAUAUGCCUGUCGAUGUUUCCUUGAAAAUGACUGAAUUACUGAUUAACCUAUUUAUGCUACAGCAUUGGUCAAAUGUUUUUUUUUUUUUUUUCUGCACAGCAACCCUACCUUUCAGAGCCUGCCUUUUGAGGUGCAGCUAAUAUUCUGAUAGGGAAAUUCAGCAAGAGGAUCAUGUUUAGAUUAGCCUUUAAAUGUUUAAGUUACCCUUUUAAAGUUCUUACUUUUGUAUAUAAUGAUACUUUUUUUUUUUUUCUUCCUACAAGUAAUGGGUAUUAAGGGUAUCAUUUUUCCCCAUAAUUUUUUUUGAUGCCUGUAGGACAUUUAUAAUAAGCAGAGAUGGACAGUUAUAAAGAAACCUUGACAAUCGAUAUUUAUGAAUUCUGAAACAAGUUUUCUCUUAAUCACCCUGACCAUUAUUAUUGUAUAUGUUUCCAGUUUCAAUCCAGUAGCACCAACAAGCAUGAUGAAAGCACUGACUCGAAUUGCUACAACAGAGGCCAGUGGGGUACGUCUUAUUAACAGUACAUAGUCUUUAAUAGAUUCCUCUUACCUAGGAAGCAAUAAUUUUACAUAUGGACAGUUUGGAGUAUUAAAGGUACACUCUGAUCCACAUAUCUGCUUAGGUUAAUUUCUUUGGUAAUACUCACAUUGUCAUGUCUUCUUUGUACUAAUGAUUUUCUGUUAAAUUUAAAGGAACACUAUAGCGUUAGGAAUACAAAUAUGUAUUCCUUACGCUAAACGGUGACAAGGGCCCGUUCCGCGGCGAAUAAAUGGUUAAUUAACCUUACCUUAAAUCAGCGCUGGACUCUCUCGGCGCUGGUGACAUCGCCUUCUCCAUCGACGUCCGCUCCUGAGUGGAGCCGAAUGCGCAUACGCGGCCAGAGGCGCGCGCAUUCAAACCCGCCCAUAGGAAAGCAUUACUCAGUGCUUUCCUAUGUGGAUCUUUUUUGACGCCGGAGGUCCGUGUGGAUGUGCAGCGUCAAAUAAGUGCGAUUUACUCGGUUUAAAUCAGGGAAACAGCCACUAGAGGCUGGCUUGACCCUGCAGUGUAAAUUGCUAUGUUUCAGCUGCAGGGUUAAAACCAAGGGGACCUGGCACCCAGACCACUUCAUUGAGCUAAAGUGGUCUGGGUACCUAUAGUGGUCCUUUAAGUUGAAGAAAUUGUUCAAAUUCUUCUAUUUUAGAACCUCUGCCCUUAGGUAUGACUCUGUUUCAGGAAGUCGUUUCCUAAUUUGGCCUGUACCCCAGAGUAUGUACUGUGCUGAGCAACACUCUGUUCAGUUGUUGCCAAUAAGCUGCAAGCCAUGCAGUCUGGAGUGUUAAUAAUCAUCACAUGGUGUUAAUAGUAGCAUAAUACUACGAUAGUCAUUCUGUCCUAGGGGGCCAGGCUGCAGGCACCUGGGGUCCUAAAUUCUCUCUUUACAGUCACAAUAAACAGUUACAUGAGAUGAAUUGUUUAUGGUACCUACACUGUCAGUUUUAAUAAAUGAGUAGUUAAAAAACAACAAAAAGUCCAGAAUGCCUUUAUGUAUGACAUCACAGGUAUUAAAAACAUAACUUAAUUUCUUCCUUCAUGAGAAAGUUGUUUUGCAAGAUUUUAUAAUGUUUGUUUAAAUUCAAGCUAUAUGAAUGUCUUGUUUUUACAGGGUGGAGGUAAAUUUGCCAUUCCUGAUAAAGCAGCGUUGGAACUCCUCUGUACUGGGUGCUCGGGGGAUAUCAGAAGUGCCAUUAACAGUCUUCAAUUCUCAGUUCUGAGAGGUAAAUGGAACACAUGUGGCCAAAUAUAACGUGUUUGCUCAAUCCCUAGUCAGAUCUACCAGUUAAAAACCUUAGUUCACAUUUCCAUAGUUCUGCUUUCAUGUUAUAGAUGAACUAUUAUGUUGUAUUUUAACAGAAACACAAUAGAAAAAAUAUAAUGAAAAAGCUUUGUCACCUAGAUUACAAUUUACAUAAAUAUUCUGCUUAUGUUUGGGUUUUGGGUUAUAACUUUAUUUUUCUUUACAUUUAUACUUUUCAACUUUAUCUGUAACCUAAAAUGUAUAUUUCUUCUCCUCCUCGUAUUUUACCUGUUAUCAGAAUUAAAUGUAUUUGUUUCUUUUUGCACAUUUGCAUUGUAGAACAUUUUUUUAUGCUUCAGUCAAUGAACCCUGUCACUAAGUUGCAUGUUUUUUUUUCUCCAAAUCAAAUUUAUGUUGCAGUUAUUGUAGACUAUGAUGCCAGAUAUUUCUGUACAAUAAACAAACGUCAAAUUAUAUAUCUCAUAAUAAUUAAAAAAUGUACCCAAAAUAAAUGUUAUAGUAGUGGUCUGCACACAUCUGAUGUUUUGUUUUCAUGUUGCAAAUGACAGCAUAUUGUGAUAAUUGUACCCACAAAUAUCAAUCAUGCACACAAAAAGUACUCUCUCCAUUACUUUACACACCAUAGUCCAGAAUAUACCUAAUUAACUUUUUUUUUCUAGUACAUUUAAAAGAAACCUUUUUCUUAUAGGAAAACAAUUGGCUCUUUUUGUAAAUUAUGGGCAUAUGGUAUGAUGCUUUGAUCAGAUCUAAAACAAUGCCAGGAGCAGACUACUCAUCCACCCGUACAGUAUUGAUCUCACACAUACUGUAGGUACAUGAUGUGUCUAUAUCAAGAAUCUCUUAGUGACACAAAUAAGGUAGCAAGCACUUAAUUUGAGUGCAAUGUUUGUCACCCAUAAUCCAUCCUAAUGGAUUGCCAUGUUAGAAAUAAAUAAAUAACUAAACAAACAGCCACAAUGCUGCUGAUGAUUUAUUGAAUUUUAUUAGUUAAUACAAAUGUUGGCUCAGCCACAUAACCGUAUUGUCUAUUGUGUUGCUGCUUUAUAGUCUGUUUAAUUUGAUAUCCUGAAGGCUUCCAGCAUGAUGUGUUGAAGCACUUACAGCAGAGGCUGUGGUGAGACCUGUUUAACCUAUCUGAGAGAGUAGCAUGCCUUUUUUCUUGGUUUUCUUUAGAGAACAUGAGUAGAAUUAAUGCCAACAUGGUUCAACAUUCCUUUAUGACUAACCAUAGGAAACCCUGUGCUUGUGCGACAAUGAAAUGAAGACAUAUUCAACGUGUUGUUGCUUUUUUUGUUUUUUUCUCUUCUUCUUUUGUAAAUCAUUUACACAAGAAAGCCAGAGACAUUAACCAAUCUGGUUUUUUUUUUUUUAAUGGCAAAUGUAUGUGUCUGAAUGUUUAUAUCAAAUUGCUUUGUUCUUCCACAACUUUUAUCAGUAGCACAGCACAGACAUGUGUUUUUUUGUUUGGGCUGCAGAUUGUUCUUUACCAAAUGAUUUCUGGGGUAAAAAGAAAGGAAGAACAACGAAAACAGAGAAAACAUCUCGAGGGAAGCCCAAAAAGAAACCCGAAACAGGAGAACAUACAGAGGGUAUUCAGGCAAUUGGUGGGAAAGAUGCUUCUCUGUUUCUGUUCAGAGCCUUGGGGAAAAUACUUUAUUGUAAACGUAAGUUGGUAUUGUAUUGGUUUUCUUCAUAAUGUAUUCCAUAGUCUGUCUGAUUGUGUUCAUUGACUGCACAGAAAGGUGUUGCAGUUGAGAUUUUGGCCUGGUAGCUCUGUGCCCCAUAUAUAUCUUCUGGUAUCUUGUGAUCUGACAGAUGUAGAAGGACCUCUCUACCUAUGGUGCAGAUAAUCUCUACUUCCAUUUGCCUGUCUGCUCGUAAUGUUUAAGACAGAGUGCACCAUAAUAUGAUCUCCUAUAUCUACCAACACUAUAUGCUCCUUUGGCACAUGUUCUGUUCUCCCUGUUACUGAGCGUUUAAUUUGGACAUUUCUCACCAACUCCACUCUGGUGGUAUGGGAAGUUAUUUUUAUAUACUUUCAAAUAAAUAUUCCUCGUGUUAAACGGAGUUAUUUAUCUAUACCUUGAUCAAUGCAGUGUUACAUUUUCAGUCAUAUUUAAUAUUAAUAUUGUUAAUCGUGUUUUUAGGAGAAGCCCUUCCUGCUGACUCAGAAUAUCCUAAAUUACCUGCACACUUAUCUGAACAUAACAGAGAUCUGCUACUCGUUCUCCCAGAGGUAGGGCUUAUUCUCAUUUGACUGUUCUCUUACUUUCGAGCCAUGUUUGCUUUGCCUCCCACCUCCCCCCAUUAAAACAGAUCAGUGGUCUAGAAAUUCCUCCUCUCUACCCAUGAAAGAAGGAAAUUGGCAGACCUAGCCUAAGUGGGACUGCCCCUAAAGAGGGUAGAGUACUGAAGAAAUGGCUGCAGAGCCAACCAUAGCUCUUUCACACUGAGAUUCCUGCUUUGCCACCAACGCUUGUGAAGGUCAUAGGCAGGUGUGGCAAGAACCCAGAAUGUGUAUUUGGGAGGUUUUGUGUAAUUCUUUUCAUAGUUUAAUGCUUCAAAGGAUAAAUGUGUUGCUACCUCUCUCAAUGAGAUCCAUUAACUUCUUUGACUUCUGUUAAAGCUAGGUUUUCUAACUCUAUAACUAGUUUGUUUCUAUUGUAUGUUUAGGCUGUUGUAGAAAAGUCCCACAUGCAUAGUGAGCUUUUCAAUUUAUAUCUCCAUCAAAACUACAUGGAUUUCUUCUCCGAAAUUGAUGAUGUGGUGCGAGCAAGCGAAUAUAUGAGUGCUGCAGAUGUCCUUUCUGGAGACUGGAAUGUAAGUCUUGGCUAGACAAGUAAAUUAACAAAGAAAAGCAAGAUACUAUAGUGCCAAAUCAUUACUGUAUUGUGCAAUUUGUCAGGAAGUGACGUUUGAAUUAUAACCAUGAAAUACUAUAAAAAAUCAAAAAAGAGAGCGCAUAUAUAAAUAGGAUAAACAACCUAAGUGAUAGUCAAUAUAUGGUCUAAUUAAAAUAAUAUAGAUGGUACUCAAAGUACUAUAAUAAUAUUAGCAGCUAAAACAAUAAGAAAUUUCCCAAUUUCAAUGUACAAAUGUUAAUAUAAGUUUCAGCGCUUAAUAGAUAAUCCCCUUAAAAAUAACAAGGGUGCAUUUAUAUGCAAAUGUUGCAUGUAAUAAUAUGCAAAGUCUUAAAAGAAUGUCCAGAUUAUAUAAAUCGGCUACAAAGUCCUGCAAAGAAACAAAGUCCAGAUAUUGUUGCAAUAUGUAGGGAUUCAGAGAUAUGUAGAGAUACCUUGGAGAAAGAGAGACAAAGAAAGAUAUAGUGUGACUCUGUAUCAAAAUUUAUAGCCCAAAAUACAAAAGAAAGGGUAACCCCCCCCAAACUAAAAACUCUUACACUGUAUAAAAUAUAGUACUCAUCGUUGUCGAUCAUGCAGGAAAAAGUUUUUCUUUCAAAUCUACUCGUAAUGUAGAAUCAAGGCUGGUGGUCUGGUUCCUCACGAGAGACGGCAGCUGCCUGGUGUACACAGGAACGCUGGUCGUGUUGGUAUCAGUGGGGAAACACUAACGAUUAGUCCAGCUUCUAUUGAAAGUUCAGGUGGUCUGCUGCAUAUGAGUAAUAGUAGCACCCUAUCAACGCGUUUCGCCCUUCUUCCGAGGGCUUUUUCAAGAUAGGUGCUCUGAGGGUGGCUCGGCAGUUUUAUACUUUGCCGGGCAAACAAAUUCAAAUCUCUUAAGGGUAUAUACCCUUAUUUUUAAACACAUAUAUUAAAACAUGCAAUAACUCAUACAAAUGGGAGCAGAAUGCUUCCUAGCAAUAUAUAUUAACAUAUAAAAUAUAAUGUUCUUUAAAUAUAGUAAAAAAACUAUUAGAACUACCAAUAAAAUACAUGAAUAUAUAAAAACAAAGAACAAAAAAACCUUAACAAUUGCAAUGAUUGUUGCUGGCAUAUUAGUGUGUUUAACCCCUAAAUUUAGAUGUUUUAUAUCAAUCUAAAGAGUGGCCAUCGGUUUUUCUUUACCAUUCAUUUAAAAUCAAAUCUGACAUGUAUAUUCCCGGCUUAAUGAUUUUUUCACAUGUCACUGCACAGUAUUGCAUUGUCACAAAUUUUCUCAUAGGGACAGAAACUUUAUAACAGAUGGCAUUCCUAAAGUAGUUAUAUUUCUGAAAGAGGAAAGUAUACUAAUAUUUGCAUUAGAUGACAUUACCGUAGUAAACCUCAAAAAAUACAUUGUGAUAUUUUUCAUGAUUGUGUAUAUUUCUUUAUGGACUCACUAUAAUGUCUCCCUUUUUUUUUUUUCUUCCUGAAGAUGAAAAAGGGAAAAAAAAUUAUAAUUAUGGUUAAAAAUACUAAGUAGGAUAUGUUUCUUGAAAGUAAACACUACUAUAGAGAACUUUUAUUGAAGAAUUCCUAAUUUUUUGGGAAUAUGUACUCCCACUAUUGUCCACAUAUUGGAAAGAUAUGGCUUAAUUUCUUGAUCAUAAUUAUAUGAUAUAGACUAAUCUUAGUUCUAAUCAUAGUGUUGUAGUAGAUAAUUUACUGCAAACCAAUUAGUUUGAAUGACUAUCUGUUCCUGUCCAAAUUAAAGAUAAUAAAGUUGCGUGCACGCAGAAGUAAAUUCACACUGAGACACAAAGUUCAGGGUAAUGAAAGAACUUCGGAGAAGUUUAAUGGCUUCUGACAGAAAAUGGGUGCGCAGACCCUUUUAAAGGCAUUAUUACAUCAUUGAAGAAAAUCAAGAUAUAGACAAAUAGACAUUGUUAAUUGGCUUAGGUGCUAAGAUGUUAGUAAAAUGCCCUCCCCAUUCUUAGGUCACUAUCCACGUAAUUUUUAACUCCUCCAGGUUUUAGCGCCAUUUUGCUAACAUGAGGAGCUCACUCGACGGGAGGGGCCUUUUGGCAGCUAUCCAUUUAGAGCGUAGCUGGCACUUGUUAGUUUCUCAAGGUUAGGUUUCAAGGCUUUUAGUAAAUACACAUUUUAUCAAAGCUAUUUCUUGCUGACAUGCAAAUUCUAUGUUCUAUAGACAAGGCUUUCUUGUAAAACUAUGGGGGCCUCUUAGAGGUAUAGCAAGAGGAUUUAAAGGGGCCUUACAGAUUUAUAGAGGCCUAAUAAUUCUACAACAGUGUUAUUAUAAUAUAUUGGCCAAUUCUAGUUCUGCAUUGAGACCCAAAGGGAUCAAGGUCUUUAAAUUAUAAAUCCAGAACAUUUCCCGGUAUGUCAGGGUUUUACUUAAUUCACCUCCUCUCCAUGGUAUUGUUACCUUUUCGAUACCACAAUAUAGGAGAAGUGUUUGGGUCUCCAUUGUGGUGUGUUCUAAAAUGGUUGGAGAGGGAGUGUUUCUCAAAACCCCUUUUGAUGUUAUAAACAUGUUCUUAGUCUAAUUUUGAGUGUUCUUUUGGUUUGUCCCACGUAUUGGAGGCCACAAGGGCACUCCAACAAAUAGAUGACCUGUUUAGUGUUACAUGUGAUACAGUCCUUGAUAUCAAAUAUUUAUUUUGUAACUGAGGACUGGAAAGUGGUGUGAUUUUUCCCUUUGGAACUUAAUUUGCAUAUAUUGCAGUUUCCACAUUUGUAAAACCCUUUUUGGCCAGUUAAAAAAUGGUGAGGUCCUGUUGGCUUAUUACAACUAUGUACCAGCCUAUUUUGCAGUGUUGGAGCCCCCCUAAAGAUUACCAUCGGUUGUAUAGGUAAGAGCGCAGCCAAAACAGGGUCUUGCCGACAUGAAAUACUAUAAACCUUAUUUUUACCAUGUAAAAAAAUUUUUUAGAGGCUGUUUGUACAAUUUUUAUAAAAUGUGCAUGCUGCCAGAAUCAUUUUAUUUUCUAUUUUUUUGUGUGUAUUAUUGCACAUUCAUUGUAUGUCAUGUGGCGCUAGCUUAGCUCGCAUAAUGUAUAAUCAUUUUUUAUUUAUUUUCUUUUUCCAUAGAGCAGGUCCACAAUGAAUGUUUACAGCUCGUCGGUUGCCAGCAGAGGAAUCAUACAUUCUAACAGGGCUCGGGCCUUCGCCAAUUGUCAAUCCGGAAUUGGCUUUAGGCCACUACACAAACCACAGUGGCUCUCGGUUUCCAAAAAGGUAAACAUUUUAUUUUCUUCCAGAUGUUAUUCCUUUUGUGUAACUGGAUCACCCACUGCACUUUAUAAUUGCACUAAUUGUGUGAUCUUUGUUCAGUGCUGCGCAACAUCUAUCUGUCUAUCUUUACAAUGAAACUCUAGUAUAUUUUAUAUGGGUUCAUGUGCAAUAGAAAUUUCUAUGGAGACACUGAGCAUUUAUUAUUAGUAUAAUACAAAGAUUUUCUAUUGAGUGUGUUUAUCUUCAUCUUUGUUUUCAAGCUUUUUUUCCCCUUUGUCUGAUUUUUUUUAGUAUCAGGAAAAUUGCCUUGCUGCCAGAGAACUCUUCUCAAGCUUCUGUUCCUCGCCGUUAUGCCUCCAGACCCAGGUCUUACCAUAUUUAGCGAUGCUCACAAAUCCAUUAAGAAAUCAAGGUAAUGCACAUGUGUCAGAGAACUAACCUCCGCUUAACUACGAUAAAGAAAGUUAUUUAAAUACCUUUUUAAAAUAACAAUUUAUAUAGUUUAAAAUUUUACACAAGUGUAUGUUUUUAUAAAAGCGACUGUACUCUUUUUAAAUUGUUUCUCCCUGUCUUUCAGCUCAAAUCUCAUUUAUUCAAGAUGUUGGUCGACUUCCCCUAAAGAAACAUUUUGUAAGGUAAUUUGUUUGGAUAUUCUAUGGGGUUUAUUCACUAAGUAGGUAAUGUUAAAUUAUACAUUUGUAAUGGUGAGUGACUGACAACUGAAUUGCAACAUUUAUUCCUAAUUGCAUGAGAUCACUCUUUCAUAUCAGUGAAUUCCAAGGAACCUUAUGUCCAUGGUACCAAUUUCAUACAAUAAGUUCUCACUGUGAUGGCCUGACAGCAACUUCAGGCCCUCUGCAUCAGUGGUUGCUGUCCGAAAAGUGAUUAACCGUCAGAUUAUUGAGUAUAAACUGCAUGUGCCUUUUUACGUUCUACUCUGAUCAUAGAAAACUGUAAAAAAAAAAUAAUGCUUUAACAAUGUGUGUUGCAUUGCACCCAGGACCAGGAGUGUCCCUUUUAUUAAAAAAAAAUGUAAGGAAAGAACAAUACAAAAUGCAUGUAAAACUCUGUAGUAUAAGAUUAAUCCGGUAGCAUUUAGAAAAGAAAGAAACGAAAAAAAUUAGGUGAUGUUACUGGUGUGAACAAAGUUCUCAUGUUUCCAAGUUAAAGCAGGGCAUCUCUACUAGUGCUACAUGUCCAACGGGAUGUACUGACAUAUAUUCUCUUCUAGAAUGAAGCUUGAAGCUCUUACUGAUAAGGACACAGGGGUCCCAGAUGCUGAGAGCGGCGAAGAAGACGAUCAUACUGACUUACACACUGGGAAAGAAAGGAAUGAACUUUCCAGGUCAAUCUCUAUUAAUGAACAACAUGCAUCUCUGCCAUCUAGUCAGGGAGGAGAAAGUGAACUGUCAUGCAGCCAGCCCCAGCCUGUUGCAGCCCAAGUUGUUAUGGAGGAUGACGAACUCAAGAUAGAGGAAUACGAGAGUGACUGAGAUCUAUCAAAUACAAGAUUCCUGCUGUGUUCUAACAGAGCAUAAAUCUGUUUCACAAUGCCUACAAUGUAACACGCCCAAAACCAGUGUGUAAGGAUGUCCGAUUUUAUGCUCAAGUUGUACAUUGUUGUUUAUUAUUUGGAUACAGAACCUGGACUUAUCAAGACCCAGUUUGUAUAGUCAAACCGUAUCUGCAUUUUUUGGUUUUUAAUAUUUUUUUUAUUUUAUUUUUUUCCUUUGAGAAAUUUCCAUUUGGAUGAGAACUGCUGUGUCCAAGCUGCAUAACUGCACACUUGUUGUUAGUACAAGCUGGGUCAAAUAAGAUGUGAAUUCUGAUUUAUGUGAAUUUCUCCACUGAACUAUUUAAGUAUGUAAAUUAAAACACCUUAUUUUUUUUUGUUCCUACCUUGUUCCUAGUUGUUUUCAGUUCUAGUGGUGGACGUGUAUAUAUAAUAAGUAGAGUCCAAAUUUUAAUGCAUUUGAAUUGUUAAAGAUAUUGUUUACUUGAAUACCAAAUGUUCCGUACUGGCUGUUUCAUAGCAGGGCAUGGGGUAUAUAAAAAUGUAAUGUGUAAAUAGGACACAUCCUCCAUCUGUUCCAGUAUGGUAGCAUGAGAUUAAUGUUCUGACAACCUCCAACUUACACUAAGCUCCUAUGAAAUGACAGCACUUGAAAUCACAGAGGUUCUGUUUAUGAUGCUGUCAGAACACAAACCCACUAUACAGCUGGAAUGCUUUAGGAGACGAGAGCACUAGCCCCAGAUACAAGAUUUCUAUGACAGCCAUGCACAGGGAGCAGUUGAUGGGGCCCCAAGCACAAAGCAAGACAUGGAGGGACUGAAGUCCAUGCCCUGACGCUUUAAAGAGAUACUAUUGGCACCAAAACAAUUUUGGCUUAAUAAGCAGUUUUUUGUGUGUAUAUAUCAUGCCCCUGCAGUCCCGCUGCUCAAUUCUGUCCUUUUUAGGAGUUAAAUCCCUUUUUAUUUCUUACCAUGCUGCCCUAGCCAUUCCUGCCCUGGCUGUGCUCACACAGCCUGCUUGAAAAAAAUGGUUUACUUUUCAAUCAGAUCUUAACAUUUUCAUCACACAUAAGAGGCUUCUGCCAGGUCUAGAAGGCUAGUAACAGAGCAGGAGAAUUUCUAAAUUAAACAGGAUGUGCAGUAAAGGAAGUUUAAACAUUAGAUCUCUCUUUAUAGGAAGUGUUUAGGAAGGCUGUGCGGAUCACAUGCAAGGGAGGUGUGACUAGGGAUACAUAAACAAAGUGAUUUAACUCUUAAAUGGCAGAGAAUUGAGCUGUGAGACUGCAUGAGCAUUAUAUAUAUACCUAUACACCAAAACUGCUUCAUUAAGCUAAAGGUGCUUUGGUGAUUAUAAUAUCCCUAAAAGGUUCAAGGCAGAGACUAGCCACCAUGUCCACAGAACUUGCCUCCCUCACAGACUGUUAUAAGGCCUUGGAAAACAGGGUUUAUGCCUUCCAUGAUGCAUAGACAUAUUUACAAGAUCAGACUGAUAUUUUGUCUCCCUUUAAACAAUUGUAAGAUGUCGUGAAGGACUUUGGCAAUACGUCCAAGACCAGUAAUUUACGCGUUCAAUUUCUCAUGGAAUUGGUUAUGUUGCAUGACGAGGCCCUUGUAAUGGAUAUAGUCUGCCGUAAGCCGGCAUUCUCAUAAAGCACCACGAUAUAACCAAAUAAGCGAUCCUAGCCACAGUUUAUGAGCAACCUGUUUACUCUGAUUUAGGCCCUCCUCUUUUUCAAAAAUUUAAAGCUCUUAAAGGACCACUAAAAUCACCUAGAUCACUUAGUAUCCAUAUACGUACAAUGUUCUUUUUUUAUUGGGUUUUCAAAAUAAUAAAGCAGAUAAACAGUAAUUAAAUGCAUAUUAACAGCAGCCAAAAUAAUCUCGGAACAAGAGCAUAGUACAGAAAUGUAACAACAAAAUUAAAAAUAUUGAGAAACUUGAAUUUUUUUAAAUCCAAAGGGAGGUGAACAGAAGGUAACCUAUAGUUCUGAAAAAACUAUUGUUAUUUCUGGGACUAUAAAUUAAAUUUAAGGCAUUUACACAUUUACUUAAAGCUAGAAAAGUUCAAUUUACAGUUACUUUAUGCUGUAAUUUGGUCUAUUUUAGAAAGAUAAAAAGUGCUAUGUGUACUGGCAGACAUCCUCGUUCUCUCUAGCGAGAAGCCUGCCGAUGGCUUACUGCCUUCAUUGCAAAGGGCCUACUCCGAUCAUCUUCCAAAAAGAAGAUGCUUAUUCCUUUGGCAUUUCUGAGCCUUCUCUGCGCUCCUGUGGGGUGUCACUGUGGGUGUUGGGGCGGGAUUAGAAGGGGAGAGCUUGCAAAUGCUGUAGACAAGAGAUAUACAGCUUUUGCAAACUGUUUUGGACACCUGGCAUUAUGCACAGUUAAAAGGAAACUGAUAGACAUUGACAUUAAUUAAUUUAAUUGGAUAUAAAAAAAAAGUAAGUAAAAAAAAAGAUAAUUUCAUGGUUCCUGUAGCUGGUCUCCGUAAGAGGUUCCAUCAGUCAGAAGCCUAUCAUUCUUGUCUGAGUUCCUCUUAUCCCAUAAACUCCUGUCUAGCCACCACUCCCAUUAAUCACAUAUGAUGAGUUAAACUGUUUAGUAAAGUGAUAGCAACCAUGCAGCAGCAGCUAUAAAUUUACAAAUGGUCCAUUUCAAUGUUCUGUGAUCGAGGCUGUGUGCAGUUUUAAGAAACUCUCAACAGGCAGAGUAGAAACAGGAUAUUCUGUGCACCAUAACCUGUGUAAUUCUGCUAAGUUGUUCACGUAUCGUUUGGGUCAGGGCUUUAACGGAAGUCCACAAAUAACCACAUUCCAUGAAAGCGUAGAGAUGCCCUAACAUUUUUUGAAAGUGGAUUCAAAAUGCAAGCGCGCCUCUUUUUUAGGGGAAAACUUGGGCCAGUGAAGCGUGGAGUGUUACUUACUUGGUCCUCGUACUGGUCAAGAGACUUUCAAGAAAAUUUCAGAGAAAAGAACCUGCUCACCUCUGGAGCAAGAUCUUAAAAGGGAAAUGGAGGCGUCACGUCACUUCCGGCUCUAAUUUGUCCACCUCGGUUCGUUGUCCCCACUCACGUACGAUUUGGGGUUGCAGCCAUGAUCAAAUAAUACAUAAUGGUAGUCAAAGUCCUCUGGCCCUAUUUACUGUGUCCUAUCAUGGUUUCUGUUCCUAUAUUAACCUUUAGAGCGGUCCUUGAUACAGUGUGACGUUUCUGGUAUUGACAUUGGCAAGGGUUACAGUUCCUAUGUAAGCCUUUUCUGACUUGUUCACCUGUUUGAUAUACUGUAUAGCUGACUCCGGCAAGUUCUCGUUUUCACCUAGACUUGUAUUUCACCAUGUUUACUCUCUAUAUUAAGUUGUCUUAUAAUAAGUUCAUUUUCAGUCCAGUUUAUCACUGUUAACCUAGACUCUGUGUGUUGUGUUUAUACCUCGUGACAUACAGAUCUCCUGACUUACUACCCUGUAUCUGUUGCUGGGAAGUAGUGGGAACCAUCCUACAUAUUUGGUGGUCUUGUUCAGUUCCAUAUUGGAAACAAAUUAAUUCAAAGUUAAAGGAGAUUGUUGAUACAAAUUUCCCAUUUAAACCACCGAGGAUGCAUCUUACAAAAACUCUAAUGACCCUAUAUAAAAAAAAUAUAUUUUAUAAAUGUCAAACUCUAAAUCCUUUAUACCUGUGAUGUGGAGAAAGACAGAUGCCCAUUAUCCAGCAGUGGUUUGGGAAGGUGGAGGAGCUCCAUUAUAUGGAACCUCGGAUUGUGAAGCUGACAGGUGUCAGCAGACCUCCACUCCAUGGGUUUCUAUGCAGACUGAAAAAGUCUGGUGCCAGAUGAUACGCAUCUCGGAGCGUGUGUUUAUUAUUGAUUUUAUUUAUUUUAUAUAGUUGUUACUAUCGUUAAAGAAUUGUUUUUUCAUUAUUUGUUAAUAAAUCUUUGAUGAAAUCAACACCUACUUGUGAUUCCUUCCUGGGAACUACACCCUGGGUUCCUAAGGGGGCAUGGUCACCCUAUAUCUGACAAUAAAUCUACAAACUUGGAGUCAGCCAUUUAUGAGCUCCUAACUAAAGUGAGCAAGAAUUUAUUGGAGAUAUUUGUUUGAAGUGGUUUUUUGUUUGUUUAUUUUGGCAUUUUCUGACUUUAUAUUUUUUUGCAACUAUUGCAUUACAGGGAAAUUAUCUAUGUAAUUUUGCAUUUAAUCUGGCAACCCAUUUUUCAUCAAAGUGUGGAAAUUUACCAAAAUAAAAUUCACACCUCUGCAUUACAAAUAUCCUCACAUUACCUUUUGAAAUCUUGUUGUGUCCCUCCUACAAUCUUUUUUUAUAUUCUUUAUUUUUGAAUCAAGCCACAUGAGUAUGAUCACACUACAGAACUGAAAUGAAAACGUUAUCACAGAAUGUAAAUGAAGUGGUACAUUCAUACUGAAGGGUGUCAUUUGCAUAGCAGUAGUGACUUGAAGUUUUUAUGUUCGUGGAAGAUUAGCAGAGACGCUAAAGGACCAUUCUAGGCACCCAGACCACUUCAGCUUAAUGAAGUGGUCUGGGUGCCAGGUCCAGCUAGGGUUAACCCAUUUUUUUUUUUAUAAACAUAGCAGUUUCAGAGAAACUGCUAUGUUUAUGAAUGGGUUAAGCCUUCCCCCAUUCCCUCUAGCGGCUGUCUCACUGACAGCCGCUAGAGGCGCUUGCGUGCUUCUCACUGAUUUUCACAGUGAGAGCACGCCAGCGUCCAUAGGAAAGCAUUGAUAAUGCUUUCCUAUGUGACCGGCUGAAUGCGCGCGCAGCUCUUGCCACGCGUGUGCAUUCAGCCGACGGGGAGGAGAGCUCUCCGCCCAGCGCUGGAAAAAGGUAAGUUUUUACCCCUUUCCCCCUUCCAGAACCGGGUGGGAGGGGGACCCUGAGAGUAUGUUUUCCUGGCACUAUAGUGGUCCUUUAACAAAGCACAUGUUUUGUGUUUACGGGGUUAAUAGAUUUUCCUUCCCAGUAAUGUUGACGCGGGGUUUUCUCUGAUGUUGGAGUUCCUCAUACAAAGUGCAAGGAUGUCCAGCUUCUACUCCAGGAGUCAAAUUCUGUGAAACUCAAGGCAGCUCCUCUAGUGGAUGUCUUAUAGACAGACACUAGAGGCAGUCUUAGUACUGUACUCUAAACAUUGCAGUUUCUCUAAAAUAAAUUUUUAAAAAUGAGCUGAAGUGGUUUUGGUGCCUAUAGUGCCAUUUAAAACACAGCCUUUUUUUUUUUUUUUUUGGUUGCUAUAAUCCUUUAAUCCAAUUGUAUUGUAAAAUCUUCAGAACAGUGAAGCUACAUUUAGGGAAAUAAUGGAAUCUUGAAUUUUGGACUCACGGUUUAUUCUGAUAUCCCAGAACCAUUGCCUGGCUGUGUAUAGAUAGCAGUGUACCUCCAGCCAGGUUACCUCCCUGUAUUCACCUGCAAGAGAGUCUGGGUCCCACCCCAUGUGACAGAGGACAGGCCACGUGUGUCUGGGAGGAGGGGACAGACCUGGAGAGCACUGGGGACUCUGUGCUGUUUCCUCUCAUGAUCUGACCCAGGCAGGACCUACCUCCCCCUGCCCUGCCGGUAAGUAGCACAAGAUUCCUGGCUGUCAAUGGCUGGGGAUUUCCUACACUGGUUCCUGGUCACAGUCUAUUCAUCUUAAUAUUAGUUUCUUCUUAAAAAGUUUUUGGGAUUUUUUCUUAAUGGACUUUAUGUGAUGGUCUGCUAUGGGGAACACAUUGUUACCCGGCUGUGAGCCCUGUGUAGUAGGCAGUGCCUGGUUUCUGCUUUCCCCGGGUGUCUGUACACAAUGCUGAGGAUUCCAAUCACCCCCUGUCCUCCCCCACAGGGUGUGUGUCUUGUAUUUCCUCCAGAGUCAACAUCGCUGCUACAUUGUUUCUCUCACAAUUCUGGGUGUGAGAUCACGUGACUCUGUGCAUUACUGAAAGUAAAAUAAAUUAAAAUAAUACAUUACUGUGCCAUUUCCAGCUCCUGGGAGCCAGGUUUUAGAGAAAUUUCUAUCCUACUUUUAUAUCUAACCCAUCAGUGCCCACACAGCUUUCUUAGCCCUCUGGUUCUGAAGAGGUUAAAUGAAUGUGUGUGUAUUGCACCAGCUGCUGGGAUUGGGGUACAUGAUGUUUUCCAGGAGAUAAAGCUAUGUGUGAGGUGUCAGCCUUUGUAUUGGGGUGCCAGUUACAGCAUGCUUAUCAUUGUACUGUACAGUUCUUCAUGCUGAUGGGCAGCAUAGGAAAAGUGAUGCCCAAGUGCCCUGCAUUUUGCAGCAUUAAUAACCUGCAUAGGGAAAUCAAUGAAUGAUCAAUGCUGUCAAUUUAAAAUGUAUUCUUGGCCAUUUCAUUUCCUGUCAUCUACAACUGGGCAGCAUUUUUCCUGCACAACCUGACUGUAAGGAAGAAAUGUGAUGUGUCCAGGAAAAAAAAAGGAUGUUACAAAUGUGCAGAGUUUAGAGGGUUGUUAUUUGGGACAUUCCACAUGUAAAUGAGUUUAAUUAAUUAGUCCCAGAGGCAGGUGGAGGCAAAAUGCAAUCUACUGUAGCCCAUGGCAAGCUUUUUGAAGAAUGUUUACAAGUAAAUCUAGUAAACGUUUCUUUAUCUUCCCCCACAAUUGUAAAAUUGUAUUAUUCCUAUUAUAAGUAUAAUUAUUUGUAAUACAUGAAAAAAUAAGAACAUUCAGCUGGCUAGUACCAGCUUUUCAUAAAUUCUAAAAUUUUGUUAAAUUGGAGAUUGUGACAAGAUUGGAUGCCACAAAUGUUUAACAAGACCUGUUCAAAUUCUAUGUUUGUAAUAUGAGUGAGGUAUAAAGGGAGUGACAAAUCGCCAGUUUAUGGGGGACACUUAAAGUGGAUAUUCUCUAAAAACACAAAAUUGUAGUGAAAUGAAAACCAAACUGCAAAUUAGACUAAAAUAGUCUACCUCGGUCUUUUCAUAGGUUUUAAAUUGUUAACUCUUAUCAAAUAAAAUCAGCUAUUUUUACCUACACUUUGCAGUUUGCUUAUUAGUAUAUUAGAAUUUAAUGAAUUAAACUACUUAGAUUCUUAGAAUGUCUGAGUUUUAUUGAGUGAGGCUUGAAGGUGCAAAGAUUGAGCAGCUCCAGGUGUCCUCAUAAUGAAGAAGGAAUCUCCCUUCUGAAGACCAACAAUGCAAAACCAGAACAGAUUGUGUUAGUUACAUUGUCUGCUUUGAAAUUGAUUUUGUGUUCAAUUUGUCACACACAAACACACACUUUCACUCCCCUGCAAGUGUUUAGAAAGGGGCUUGUUGAAUGACCACGUGCAUAAUUCGAAUUACUGUAUAGUAUCUGUUAAAAUUUAUUUUCUAAAACAACCCUCAAUCACCAAUGUGUUAGAAUGGUAGGGUAGAUACCUAUUUUAACUGUGACAUUUACCACUGCAGAUAGAGAGUUAAAUGCUAAUGCUCCCUUUUACAUCAGCCAGGGAAGUCUAGUAUAACCGGGCCAGUCAGUCUACAAAUAAACCUGCUUCUUACAGUGACAAUUAUUACCUUGGCUUCUCUGAACCUCAUAUACCGCUAAUCUGCAGAUGUGGAAACUGAAAUCACUUAAUAGUUACGUAGCUACAAAGAAACAUGGUCCGUCAAGUUCAACCUUUCUCACACCUGUUUCUGAUGCUGAUCCAAAAGAAGGCCAAACAAGAGCGCAACAAACUAGGUAAAAAUAACCUCCUUCUUGACUCCAGAAUGGCAGUCCGAUUUUUUUUUUUUUUUUUUCUUGGAUCAAGCAGCUGUUACCCCACUAAUUUAAAAAUUGUAUCGCUGAAUAGUAUCUUUUAAAAGGAGUAUAGCAACUAAUUCUGCUGGUCAACCUCUACCUCCGCUUUAAAAAGCCUCCAUUUGCCGCUACAAAUAUAAAGGUAGGGAUAGAUACCCCAUAUUACCUAAGCCAAGCAAGUCCAGUAUAAGUGGGCCGGUCAGCCUACAGAUAUAUUAUAGUGACAACUAUUACCUUGGCUUCUGUAAGCCUGCCGUACCACUAAUCUGCAGUCAAGCCCCCUCAAGAAACCAUGCAUUCGCUAAAAGUGAAUCAACUGUGCUACCGCAUGAAUUAAAAAUAAAUAAAUGAAAUAUAUUGGUGAGUGUCUAAUAAUUACAUGAUGUAAAAUCAGACAUUCAUAUAAGAUCCCAAAAUCCAAGGGGUGACAGUCAACUUGUCCAUGUUGCCACCCUAGGCAUGCCAUGGCUAUGCAGAAGUUGGGUUGACUGUAUGCUUGCAGCAGUAGCUGGUAAAAAGUGGAUCCAUGGUGUAACAACCUGUUCCUUCUCUGCCAGGCACCGCUUCUUCACCUUCUAGUCCAAUCCAAAUGGAUCAUAGGGGACUAGAAGCGCAUGUACAGUGAGUGCAGAUCUCGACCAAUCAGAUGCUUCUCAUAUGGAAACAUUGAAUCCGAAGAUUCUUCAUGAGCAGCAUUUAAUGGCAUUUGCUAGAGGGUGUAAAUGAUUUGUAUAUGGCAAAACCGUUAUAGGGUAUUCUCUCAGUUCCCGAAGUGUAUAUUUGGAGAAAAUUAUUUUUAUAAAUAAUUUUUAUUUUUUUACGAGCUUAGCAGUAGGAGCAUAAGGAAAAUCGGCACUUUUUUUAAAUUUUUUUUUUAUAUUAGUAACAUUAGCAUAGAAUAGUAGCAUUAAAGGUAGGAUUAAGUUUUGCAUGCAAACGGAACAUUAUUAAGACAAACAGGCUGGGUUCAUACGUCUAGAGUGAGUAGGUUCAACUAAAUGAAUAUAGCAAUGUUGCAAGAUUUUCUAGACAUACCGGUAUAUGUUGGUAGCAUAAGACUAUCAAUUCAAACAGGGUAAGCAAGACACAAAGCACACAACAUUUUAUGAUUUCUCAUGUCACUUGAGUGAUGUGGGGAGUAGGUGCAGGAGAUGCAUUAAUGAUAGACUUGCGCUGCCUUAUGCGAAAUUGACUUUCGCAAAAGUACAGGUGGCGCCACUGGACAUCAACAUCAUCUGAGGGACAGUGUAGGAAAACGUGGGAAAGCGUUGCUGGCGACUGUCCACGAGGAGGUGGGGCGCAGUGGCCCCUGAGGCAACAAAGCUUAACAGUCAGACAAUUCCUCUCAUAUAGUGGGCACUGCCUGUCUAGUAGUAAUGGCACAAGUCCCGCACAGCUGAAUCCUGCUGUCCCAAGGUUGCAACACAGUCCAUGGCGCCAUACCAAGGAGUUUUCACGUUCCCUUGUGGGCAGUAGUGAUCUUCUGAGGGUGUGGGUUGCGCUUGGUGAGGCAUCCCCUCUUGAUCUGCGGCCCGGGAAGGUAGCAGUCCAUAGCAGGAAUAAGCCUCCAUUGCCGCUCUGUCCGUCGGGGUACCAGCCUCUUUGCCGCCAUUUUUAGUGCUGCAUUUGCACUGUGCCCAGCGGACAUAUGCGUGUUGUUGGUGUAGGCGAGAUCCUGUUGAACUGCUAGUGUGUCUUCUGUUCGCACUGCACGUCGCUUGAUCCUGUGCCAAAGUUGUACCAACAGUCUCUCAAGGGCCUGGCAAAUCCGUUCCUCCAUUGCGUCCCAUAGGGUGGAUAAAUGAGUGGCAGAGGGCUCUCCAGCGGCGGCCAUCUUGCCGUGCUGUUUGCAGGUGGAUAGCUCCACAGUUUCUGCUGGCUCCAGGGCAUAUGAGUAUGUUGGCACCUCUGUGUGGAUCGGGAUAACCCCCAUUGAUCCAAGGGGGGAGGGUAGGAGCUCGGCAGAUCUGCUCCAUUGCUCGUGGAGCGAGGAGUACGGCCUCCUCUCCCCGGCUCCCAUGCCUAUAGGCCGCAUGUUGUGGUGCUGGCUCCCUGCAUCCCGUAGCUUUGCGUAGGGUAUCCCCAGAAUCGUCGGUUUACUCCCCCACUGCAUGGAGUGCAUGUUGGGGUGGUUUCAGGCUUCAGGUCUGGGGUUAGCUUCGUUUUUGUGAAUGUCACUGUGGGAGCUCUCUCGGCAUGCGUCCGUUUGGCUCGGCUGCUAAGUUCCGCCCCCUAUUUAGGACAUAUUGAGAUAGUUUGUAGGCAAAAUUUCAUAGGUAAUUCCCUACUUCGUGGAAUAAUAAAUGGCUGCUGGCAGACUCCUGGUGUCUUAUCCUUCCCAAAAUAGAUCUUCAUCUUUAUGGUUAAUUCCACAAAUAGCUGUCUAAUUUAACAGAACACUCUGAUACAUAACCACUGCAUAACAUUGUCAAGCUUAUGGUGCACUGAGUCUUUGGGCACUGUCCUCCCUAUUUUCUGUGAAACACUUUUCAACUGUAUUGGCCAAAAGAUAGGGAUCUCCCAGCACCCAUUGCUUAGCCCCUCAAAAACCAUUGAGAUUGAGAUAAUGCAGAAAAUUCACAUCUGUGCCAUUUGUCCAAAGCUUUUCUACCUUAGACUGCAGAGAUGGGGGGUGUAUUCUCAAAAGAAUGCAUUGCACCUAAAUAUUUCUAGCACCAUAAUCACUACACGUGCUUUGCUGGUUAUCCUGCUUAGAGUUGCCCCUUUAACGCACAUAUUCCAGAAACACAAAAGCAGAGCAAAUAUAUAUAUUCUCAAAAAAAUGACAAAUGCUAUAACUAUAUAUUGGUCACUGCCUUAAAAUAGGGGUUCUGGUGCAAAGACACUGUCCCUAGAAAAUCUGCAAAGUAAACACUGCCUUUUCUGAGAAUUAUAACAUUAUGUUCUAACUCCUCCUCUCUUGGCUGUCACUCAGACAGCCACUAGAGGCUUUUCCUGGUGUUUGUAGUCUUUACACUCGUACGCUGCGUAAAGAUAACAAUCCUGCCUCAAAGAGAUGCUUUGAGCCAGUGUAUCUCUACGAAGAGAUGCUUACUGGCACAGUGUGGCGAUUGUUGCGUUUAUGCACUUGCCCCCUAAUACAUUCCUAUGGUGAAUCAUUGGAUUGGCUGAAAUCAUCUGUAAUGAUAUUUCAGCCUCGGGAGGAAUGACGGCAGCAGAGAGACCUACGUGCUAGGGGGACUAAAGGUAAGUAACUCUCAUUUAUGGACAUGAUGGCUUUUAACCUAAAUAGUUAGGACAACACUACAAUGUUAGGAAUACAUGUUUUAGAGUGUUCCUUUAAAUCUCUAUACAAAUAUAUAUCUCCUUAAGUGGACACUCAAAGUACCAUAACAACAUAUUCCCUCCCCCCCACUAGUCACAGAUGUCACAGGCCAUAUAGGUUCUACCUGCAGACCUCACAGUGUCCUAUUGGUUUUUUACGUGCCCAGCCAAGGCUACUACAGUGUCAUUUUGGAAAAAAACAUAGAGAUGUCACGACGAAUUUAUCAUCAACUGUAUUUAUUCAGUAGACUAGUGAUUACAAUGUAAAUUCUUAGUAAAUAACUCCCUACGUCUCAUUUAUCAAAUAGAUCACGUAAUGUAUAUGUUUUUAAUCCUGUAUAAAAAAAUAAGUAAUUUCCUGGAAUCUGACCAAUUCUUUGUGUUUACAGAGAGACGUGUUUGUUACUUUCUUCAAUGGCAAUGAGUGAUUCACUGGCCGCGGAACAUUACCUGGAGAUGGAGGAGGAAGACUUUAUGGCAGGGGGGGAUUUGGGAGAGGGUUUUGGAAGAAAGCCAGGAGGUCUCUACGAACCACCUGGGGAACAAGCAGAGCAGACAUUUAAACUGAGAAAAGGAUCUGAUAUUCGGGGCCAUUACCACGUACUUAAGAAGGGAGAUGAUGCUGUUACAUCAAAUUAUCAACUUGUCAAAAAUCGUGCUCCAGAAGAAAGGGGCGUCUUUAAAAAUGGGAUAGAAGGCAGCUACAGCAGGUGCAGACAAAAUAGCAUAGGUAAGAUGCCAUAUUUACUAUGAUGCUGAAGUUAGCUUAUCAUUCAGACCGAGUCUUAUUCGCAGGCUGACGUUCGCUUCUUAUUUGGUCACCUUAUUCAGUAAUAGAAGUACAUUUCUUACUCAUCUUGCUUGAUUUUAAACAAUAUUCAUAUUCAAGCCACAUUUCUACACAUUUCUGGUAUAAUAAUAAAUAGUGAAAACCAUACAAAGAAUAAUACAUUUUAUUAGUUACACAAAUUAAGUUGAGUCAAUCAAGGUGACUCUUGUAAAGUAGUAAACUCCACAAUGACAUCUAAAUAACAUUUUAAAUCCAUCUUGUACAUGCUGGCAUUGAUCUGUCUAAAUUGGACACCCCUCUUCGUCAUACAAGAACAUUUAACCUGAGCAACACCACAUUUCAUAUCAAAAACUGUAAACAAAGUGGCACCAUCAACUCUGAAUAAGUAACCAAGGUUUUCCUAUAUGCAACCCUUCUUGGCUCACCCAAAAUUCCAUAGAUUUUAAUACACUGAGCACUGUCAUCCAACAACAUUUAGUCUGAGCUACACCAAAUUAGGUAUCAAAAGUUGGCACAAAUGUGGCCUCUUAAUUUCUGUAACUAAUAACAGUUUUUUUAAUUUUUUUAUUGUUUUUACUACUUAUUAUUAUAUCAGAAAUGUGUAGACAUAUAACUUGAAUAUGAAUGUUGUUUUAAUCAAGUUAUAUUUACACUGCAGAGUUUGAUAUUUACAUACAUUUUUAAUGAAUAAAAUUCAUGUUUGAAUAAGAAGAUAGAUGAAUAAGACUUCAGCCUGCGAGUAAGUAAGUUAUUUGCUCUGCAUCCAUUGCCAUAAUUUUUGUUGUAGUAAACAAACUCUGCCCAUGGGAGGAAGCAUAAGGAAUGAGAUGUGCCUCAACAUCAGAGAUAGCUGACCAAGGGGGGAUGAGAGGGGUGGGUUCAUGGCUUUUAUACCCUGAGAUGCAGUGAAAGGACCAUUAAACAUCGGGCAGCCACAGGCGUGUUACAUGUCAUAGGCUGACAUUUCAACUUCUGAACAGCCUCAUUUAAAGGACAUGCAAAGCAUUGUGACAUGCAUUUUACAUUUACAUAACAUUUCUAAUAUUGUGGAAAAUGUAGUCAUACUUACUGAAAUGUACUUUUCUUGGCUUUUCUCCAUGGCAGCAUAUAUCAAUGGGUAGCUCUCCCCUCUUAGCCCAUAGAACGGAAAAUUAGCUGUAAAUUACGUACAUAAUGCUUCUCCUCCCUUUCAUGCCUCGUAUAUGUUCCAAAGUUUCAAACCAAACUAAAAAUUAAAACCUAUAGGAUGGAAUGAAAAUAAAUGAGAGGGAAGCUAUGUGCUGCCAUGGACAAUAAGUAAGGACUGGUAAUUUUGGUAAACACUUUCCAUAUACCUGGUUAACCAAGGCAGGAUAGAAACCUAAACAACUGAAUGGGAACAAAACAGAAAAAAAGACAAAUUCUCAUAAAUCUGCUGCAAAGUAGAAAAUGUACAUUAUCACGCAUGAACCCUUUGACACUUUUCUUGCGGAAUUCUACUUCUUCUGAAACCUGAGCAUCCAAACAGUAAUGGGUUCUGAAUGUGUAACAUGACGAUGCAUUACCUGCUCUGUACACGCUGUUUCCUGAUACAUUUGCCAGAGAUGUCCAGGAGGCCGAUACUGUCUUGGUGGAAAGAGAUUUUAUUCCAGAGUCACCCAAUGUGUUUACAGUGGUGGCUGGUGACAUUUUAAGUUGGUGGGGCGCCAAACUGGACACGUAGGUUUGACUAAACAUUUUUAAUCCUGAAUAGUAAUAUGUCCAUAUAGCUCUAUUGCCUCCAAAAUAUGAGGACGAUCCAAUAUAUAGGGAAUAAACCAUUUAGACAGAUUCCUAUUAAUGAGUUAAAUCUGUUGGCCAGUGUGAGGCUAGAUUCAAAUUACAAAGUGUAAUACAGAACUUAGCUACACAAUGUUUUUUAAAGUAUUCAUUUUAAAAAUGACUUAAAAAUUAUUUUACAGUAAAAUGCAAGAUAGAAUUUUUCUAUCUGAGUUAUAAAAUAUUCUACUGAAGAGAUUCCUCAGGAGAAAAUUGUAUAAUGAAAACAAUUUACUGGUACUCCUCACUUACGAUCCUGUUGUAAAACGAUUUGGUUGGUAAGUGAAGUGUUGAGGGAUUCCCUGCCCUGGUGCACUUACAAUCCCUCUAAUCCCCACAACGGCUUGCACUUAUCCUGGACGUAAGUGUGAACCGUCGUAAAACAGGUAGGUCGUAAAAUGAGGACCACCUGUAAUAAAAUAAAUAAGUAGCCUGUCCAGUGGCCAGGCUAUUCAGCAACAGGCACCUGCUGUACGGUGUCUGCCUGAAUAUUGGGGGUGGGAGAAGGUGCUUGCCUCUAUGAUAUUUUUUUAUUCAAACUUUAUUUAUAUUUCUUUUUUACACAGCAAGAUGAAAAAACGUAGACAAUGACAAAAAUUUUAAAAAAAAGAAGGGAAGGGGAGGGGUCCGCUCCCUAUAGUAUGAGGGAGCGCACCGGCAGGAUUGGAGUCUUUGUGCCGCACCGGCCAUGCUCGGUCCUAACUAAUGGCGGCAGGCACGGCUGUAACAUGAGAUUUGUAGCUUUGCGAGCUGUUUUAGAUUUACCUCCCAUGCAAAAAAUGCAUGCAUGUUUUCAUACCAAAUGGUGCUUUAAAAAAUAAAUAAAAACAUCCUAUUUGGGCAGUGCAGUGUCCCUUUAAUAAAUUGUGUAAUGUAAUAAAGUGGCAAAGAGCGAAUAUUGUAUUUAGCAUGUAUCGUCAACAACAUCUGGAAUGCUAAGGCUGAGUGAGUACCCCUGGCAGAGGCAAUAGGAGGUGGUGGUCUUUCCAACAAGGGCGUGUGUCACUUUCAUGCUUAUAUCUUUUAAUUGCAGGGAUUCAAGGAACUUAGCAGCUAAUUUAUAAAUGCUUUUCUAAUUGUAGGGAAUAAUGCACAAACAAAUCUUGUUCUGGUACCGUCUGUUAACUAAUCCUGUCCUUGGUGUUAAAUUACAGAUGCGAGCUCUGAAAUAUCAAAUGAAGAUCUGCGGCAGCGCCUUCAAGAAUUAACAGAGGUCAGUAUUCUAUCUCCUGCUUAUUAUUACAUCAGUAUUCCCAUACAUAUUCCAAUAACUGUCCUGGUGGGUAUAAAGACAAUAUCUGGAAUUACUGAAUAGAGCAUUCUGAGGGCCUUUUAUGGUCACAAACAUUCAAAUUGCAAAUAUUUCAGAAACGGAUGUAAUGUGUAUGUUUAUAUGUACGUAUGUAUGUAUGUAAAAUUCAAGAUCUUUGAACCUUGUUUGUGUAUGUUUUUUUUGUAGUUUACUUUAAUUUAUUUUUAUAUAUGUGGAAGCAUUUAUUAUAUCAUUAUUAAUUACUUUUCUUGCUUCAUGUUGUUAUUAUUAAAAGAGUAAUAUUGGCCCCAUAGCUGCUUAAUGGCAAUGUAGUGUUUAUAGAGCUAUUAGAUUAUAGUUCUGUACCCGGGCUGUUUAUCAUAUUGUUUCAAAACAGUUCGCUGAAAAUUGGGAUGCCCAAGGUAAUAGCCCCCAUUCACCAGAGUUGCUACAGUUUAAGUUGCACGUCAGUAUGUACAAUAUUAAUUUCAAACAUACUCUGGCGCCAUUCAUUGGCUGAGCGCUGUAACUGAAAUGACAUGUAGUGGUUAAGGUGCCUAAAUAUUGUCAGUAAUUAAGGGUGCGCAAAAGGAAGAUUCACUCCGAUGUUUCAGAUCUACAUCUUGCAUGAUGCUUCCUCAUUCUAAAGGCUAGCAGAGCAUCACAGGACUUGUAGUUCUACAACAUGUGGGGAUCUACCUUUUGGACAUCCAAGCUUUAUUCAUUCUUCUUGUCAAUUUCCUUCAUGACAGGUUGUCUGUCCUUCUGAGCAGUCCCCAUCCAUUAUAGAAAGCCGUUCUGCCACCUUGUGCUGGUUACAUCUCUGUAAAGUUCCAUCCGGUGCAUUAGCAGCUGUAAUCUCUUACCAUUUCGCAAUAUCUUAAUACACAAAAGCUGCAUCCUCAUAUACAUUGUAACUUUUUGUGAUUCUGCUUUGCUGAGUAGCACUUUCUUGUAUUAUUGAUUGAUUAAUGCUUUUAAAUGGAUAUUAUGACUAAGCUGCCCUUGGUUAGUUAAAUGUCCUUGGAUAUUUCUGACUUGUUGAAUUAAUGGACUGUAUUGGCCUGUUUGCUGCACUGUGUAGAGUCUACAUACUAAACACUGAAUUGUGGAGGCUUGAAAAUUCACCUUGCAGUCUCCCUGUUUUCAUUCUCUUUGAGGUUGAAGUUGCUUGAAGGACCUGUUAUACUGUACGUCUGACUGUUCCUGUAUAUGUUUCUUUGUUUUUAUCCCCAAGUCCCUUCUUUCUACACUCUAAGAAGAGGAUUGUAGUAUUCAUGACAUGUAUUGUUGCAAAACUAUCCAAGGAGUUUAACUAUUUUGUUAUAUAACAAACUUCAGAAAUCUGAAACCAGACAAAUUUAAAUGGUUGUCUAGGUAAAUUUUGAUCCAAUUAAAGAAAAGAAAAGCUUGAAAAAAGUUUAAAAGUUGUUCACAUUUUCAGCUACCCCUCGGCGCACUUCUUAGGGAGUCUACUUAGAUCCCCGACACACCUACUGCCACACCACGAUGAGAUAUCUCAUUCUCGAGGGCUGCACCGUUCCUGUGGAACUCACUUCCCUCCUCCGUUAGAUGCUCACCCAGUCUCCACUCCUUCAAAAAAUCAUUAAAAACCCACUUCUUUAUAAAAGCGUAUCAAUUAAACUGUUAAUAUCUCCCGACUGAUUCCUCUUCUGCAACUGUCAUUAGUCUAAUACUAUCCUUACCUUUUUGUGUCAUUUUACCCCACUCCCUCUAGCAUGUAAGCUCAUUGAGCAGGACCCUCAACCCCUCUGUCCCUGUGUGUCCAACUUGUCUGGUUACAAUUACAUGUUUGUUCGUCCACCCAUUGUAAAGCGCUGCGGAAUUUGUUGGCGCUAUAUAAAUAAUAACAUCAUAACAUAGCAUUCUCAUCUGUGGUGACAGAUCUUAUCUCCAGCAGGAGAUUAUGGGAUAAAUAGUUUAUACCCAAAGAAUACCAUACUGUAUUAUUUAAAUACCGUACAUCUGUUUAAUGACAGUAAGCAUCCCUUAUGAUCAAUGACUGUAUAUUUUACCAACUUUUAGCACCUCGAUUUCUUUCUGGUUACUGAUUUUAUUUAUUGCCGGCAUGUCCCAGGUCACAGGUUGAUGCUAAUUUCAAAUUUAAGCUCAUGCUAUUAGUAUUAUGGUCCAGCACCCCAAUGUAAAGAAAUACACUGAUUAAUUAGCAUUUAUAUUGCUGACAGCUAAUUGCAGUCUCCAUAGAUUGUUAAUAAUAAACACCAUGUCCAUUGUAAUUCAUUCAGCCUUAUUGUAUCUAUUCCCUGUAAUCUAAGGAGGUUGAUCUUUUAAGGAUUGAGCUAGAGGCUUCUCAGCGACAACUAGAUGGGAAAGAUGAAGCUCUGAAGAUUUUGCAGAGUAUGGUGAGUGCUCUUGUGAGAUACGUGUUUGACUUUAAAAUUGUAAAUUAGUCUGAUACCUUGUGCUGGAAACAUGUAGUACAUGUGUAGCCCUUGACGGCUACAUUUUAUUUUGUGAGAUAUUAAUAAUUAAAUUCUAAUGUUAUCAUUUCCUGUUUUGUUGUGUUUUUAUUUUUUUUUAUUUUUGUGGAAGGAGAGGAAAGCUAUGAAUUUUCUUCAUGUUACAAUAUUUCGGAAUCCUAUAAAGUGUUCUCAAUAUUCCCCACUCCUUCCUGAAAUGACCUCAGCCCGUACUGCAUUGCAUGCGCGAAAUCCCAACCUUCAUGUAAUCACAACAUGUAUACCCUGUCUGCUGCCUUGAUUAAUGCCUUCGAGAGCUACUUGUUCCUGAGAUCUGACAGAAGAAAAUGGGAUCAAACUAAACAUUAUGAAGUGUUUCUCAUAGGAACACCAUAAGGAGUCUUGGAAAUCUAGACAAAUUAUCUUAUUAUUGAGUACACUCAAUUCUAUGUCAGUGUUCAUUGUUACACAAAUGAAAUAUCCUUAGAUUGAAUCUUCAGAUGUGCUCCAUAAUGUCAAUAUACGCACUAUGGGCAGAUCCCAGGCUAUAAUAAAGAACUGGAGAAGGUUCCGUUUGUUUUUGUUGGUAAAAUGAUGCUGAUAUUUACAUCCACACACUGUACAUCUGACCUCUAAAUAGCAUAAGGUGAAUAAUUUAAUGUUUCAGUUUUCUUGCCAUUUCAAAUUUUUUAACAGAAAAUCCAGCUUGCCAAGAGGAAAAUAUCUAUUUACGUUAUUUUUUAAAACUGAUUUCUGCAAUACAUUUUCCAGGCGACUGUACCACUUUAAUUUCUCAGUUUAAAUCGGUCCCUGUCCUUUAAUCCAUGAAGCAGCUGCGUACGCUGUUAGAAUUAUAGUUAUCAUCGCACUAACGAUAUUGGUAUUGUAUCUGUGUAUCGGUAUAUGUCUGUUUGUACUCAGUAUUUAAGUAUUGAAUACUGAACCGUUAGAAUUUGCUUAUUACGAUUGUUCUCUUGUGUCUAGGCUAUGUAUGACAAAGCGACUAGCCACACAAAAGUUAUGCUUCAAAAAGCAGAGGAGCAGCGAAGAGCUUUAGAAAAGGUAUGAUCUAGCAAUCUCUCUGUAUUAUCUCUGUUAGAACUAGUCUUCUCUGCAUCUGACCUAUUUCAGAAUGACCUGUCUUGUGUCCAUCUCAGAAUUAGCUAGCUCUCGGUUUUCCGCCUACGUCAGAGUUCUCUGGCUGUGCAUUCUAUUUGUCUCUCUGAACUAAUAUAACACAUAAACCGUGUGAAUCUUGCUCUGCUAUCAUGUAACUUGAUGAAUGCAGUGCUUUGCAGUCGUGUCAUAUAAUACACUUUUGUAGAAGUUCCUGAUUAAUAUUGUUAAUGGUCUGCGUGCUCUGCAGAGAAUCAUGUUUCAGUCACUUGCCAGAUGGCAAAACAAAGAUAAAACAUAAAUGUAAUUGAAAAUGACGUUUUAAGUGGGUUUUACUUGAUUUAAUGGCUAUUUACUUUUUUUCUUGUUAAAUACUUUUUUUCCAUCUGUCUGAUAGACAAUACUGUGGGGCUGUCUGACAGCUGCAAAUGUAAGCCACACAGAGCUGCAAGUGGGUUUAAGGUGCCAUCAGAUUUGCAAUACACAAAGUUGUUAUGGUCCUUAGAGUAGUGACUGUUAAACGUGGAAACCUAAAAGUGUAUUUAUAAAUAAAUCCUUGUAGUAGUUUCACUUCAGUCUGUUCUAAUAUACAUAUAGUAUCUAAUAUUUAUGUAUAGUGUCCUACCAUUCCAUUGGUGUCCAUAGUGAUUGCAGCACAAGUGGUCGUUACACAUAAAUCCUAUCCUGUGCUUGAGAUGAUAUGAGAAUAUAAUCAUAAGCAUCAGAUGUGGCAAAGUUCUGCACAUGCCAUGGUUUCUGUCUCAGUACUGGCCAAACUGGAUUUGUUUGACUUAUGGUUAAUGGAUACUGAAAGUAAACAUCAAUUGUGAGACCAUGUGAAACAUCUGUUGGUGUACAGUGAGAGGAACUGAAAAGCUUUCAGCUCUGCCCAGCAAAUACACGCCAUCAAUAAUAGAAUCUACUUUAAACGUGGUCUGUUUACAAACGCUUUGUGUUCUACCCCAGGAAAUUAAUGUGCUGCAGUGGGAAAUUGAGUUUGAUCAAGUCAGACUUAAAAACGUAGAAGAGACGUGGAAGGAAAAGUACGACCGGUAAGUAUAGAGCUUUGCUCUGGAUUACAAACCACAUUGAUAUUGAUAUGCUGUAGUUUUCAAUGUUCGUUUUUCUGCAAAAAUAAAAGUUUUACUGCACCAUAUACAAUACUGCAUAUUCAAUAAAAAAUUUUUUUUAAAAACUAUCAGACAUUUACAAAGCAGCAAAAAUACCAUGUUUUCUUCCAAUGGAAGGUGCAAGGUAUCCGGAAGACAAAAAGGGUCCAGCACUCCAAUCUAUUGGGUAAAAGCACACAAUAAGACCAAUGGUUUCACCCUCACAGGGGUCUUUAAGUGUGUGAAUUCAUAGUGAACGAGUGACAUGAGAUGUGAGAUAUGGUUUGUUAUCCACACCAGCCAUUUUGUUGAGAUGUAAUACUUAUUAUAUACAAUUUGAAUUGCUUGUUUAUUUUCCUUUGCUUUUUUUAUACGCUCUUAGAUUAUAUUGUGAAAAUGUAGCACUUAAAGAAUCCCUCGAACUACGGACCAGCGAAAUGAAGGCUCUUAAGUCUGAAAAUGCAAGUAAGCGUAAAAUCUUCGUAAUGUGAAUUUUUAGAAGAGUAUAAAGUCAUGGGGCCAUGCAUUUUCAGCAUAAAUGUUGCCAUUUUUUUGCUAAAUAAUUUCUGGAUAUGCUUUUAGAUUAUUUUUAAUUAUCUUUCAGGUCACGCUGAAACGUUGUCUAGUCUUUGGCAUAUUUUAACACACUAAUGGUUUUUUUUUUUUAUGACUUUUUUCCUAGUUGUUGGUCAGCAAUGCCAGGAACUUCUUGCAAUGCUCGAUGUCAAGGAACAGAAAAUGUUCCAAGAUAAUGUGUCUCUUGAUAAAAGCAGCUUCACGGAUAUAACAGCUCUUGAGGUAAGAUUUUAAACUCUUUAAGUUACGUGUGUUCUAGUUAUUUGUUUUUUAACAUUUUAACCUGACUCAAGAUGCUAGAGAUCACAUAUGUUCCCAGCACUCUGUAGUUGUUUUGGUGGCAGAAGGGGCCAGGCACCCCCCAAGUUGCAAGUAGUGGAACCAUGUAAUGCAGUGGUCGAAUUAGGAAGCCAUCCUGGCGCUAAGCUUGAUUGACGGGGAUGGUCCUAAAUUUAUUCAUAAAGGUGCCAAUCUCUCUUGAUAUCACCACUUUUAUGAAUUGGGACAUUAUAGGCAUGCAGUUAACCCUAAAAAAAGGACUUAAAUAAGUGUCCAUUUUAAAUUUAAUUAUAUAAUUUUAUAUAUAUCAAAACUAAAACUGACAUGCUGUAGAAAUUAAAUAAUAAUAAUAGCAGAAAAUACUUUGCAUGAGAUUUUAUUAAGGAAACAUCGGAUACAGUACAUUUUAAAGUUGAAAAUGUAAAGUGCUUUUUAUCAGCAAUACUAUUAUAUAAAAUUGUUAAAAGCUGUCACUCCCCACACCUCGUUUUCCCACCGUGCUUCCUGUACUGCAACUGUGUCGUCUAAAAAUAAAUAAAACUUCAUUGUAAACAUUUUUACCACCCUACUUUUCCCAUACACGAAAUACAUCUUUCCCUUACCUCUUGUGUCAUUUUACCCAACUUCCCUUAAAUUAUAAGCUUGUUUGAGGAGGAGUCUCAGCAGCACCCUCUGUUUCUGUACAUCUAACGUGUCUUGUUACUUGUAACUAAGUAUUUGGUGGUCCUCUUAUUGUACAGAAUUGCAGAAUAUGUUAGGUAUAUAUAAUACUACAUAAUGUAACGGAGAACAAUACAGAUGUACUGCUACUGCACAUAUAAUAUAGUCUUGCUAAUGAGUAUUGUCUCCAAAUUUUACUUUUAUACAAAACAAAAUUGGUGAACUACUGAGCAGUCAUAAACAGGUCAAUAUAUUGUGUGAGUGUGUGCGCGCAUGUAUUGUGUGUGUGUGUGUACAAUGAGACAAGAUAGGGAAACACAUUUGGAUAGAAGAAGAAGAGAAAUUAAAGAACUGCACCUAGUGGCUUCCUAUGCAGACUAAAUUCCUUAUUGUGAUAUUUGGCAUGCCUGCAGUGUGCUUCAUCUCCGAGCAUCUGAAAGCCUAUUGUAUUUGUAUUGUUCUGCAUGUGGUACAUCUUUGAUUCUUUGUAUCUGGAGAAGCAGAUGAUGUUACUACAGAACAGGCUCGCAUUCUUAGGUCAGACAAUCCCAUAGGCUAUCCCAUAAGCUAUUUGUUUUGGGCCCAAUUCCUUCUGUCCCUCUUUACUUUCUGAGUGUCCCUGUUUUUAUACGACCUCGGAAUGCGUGGUAUGUUUUCAUCUCUAUCAAACACACAGUAGUAAAUCUUUCAAGGAUAGGAAGAGCCCCUGGGAACCCCUCCAUUUACAUCACUAUAGGAAACUUACUUCAGUAGUGGGGAAAGUAAUGGAAACCAUGUUAAAGGAUAGCAUUGUUGAACAUCUAAAAACACAUGGAUUUCAAUAUCGGAGACAACAUGGGUUUACUUCAGGGAGAUCAUGCCAAACUAAUCUUAUUGAUUUUUUUGAUUGGGUAACUAAAAUAAUAGAUCAGGGUGGUGCAGUAGACAUUGCUUACCUAGAUUUCAGUAAGGCUUUUGACACUGUUGCACAUAGAAGGUUUAUCAAUAAACUGCAAUCUUUAAGUUUGGAUUCCAAUAUUGUUGAAUGGGUAAGGCAGUGGCUGAGUGACAGGCAACAGAGGGUUGUAGUUAAUGGAAUAUAUUCAAGCUUGGACUUGUCACCAGUGGGGUACCUCAGGGAUCUGUACUUGGACCCAUUCUCUUUAAUAUUUUUAUUAGUGAUAUUGCAGAAGGACUUGAUGGUAAGGUAUGUCUUUUUGCUGAUGAUACUAAGAUAUGUAACAGGGUUGAUGUUCCAGGAGGGAUAAGCGAAAUGGCAAAUGAUUUAGGUAAACUAAAAAAAUGGUCAGUUGUGGCAACUGACAUUUAAUGUGGAUAAGUGCAAGAUAAUGCAUCUUGGACGUAAAAACCCAAGGGCAGAGUACAGAAUAUUUGAUAGAGUCCUAACCUCAACAUAUGAGGAAAGGGAUUUAGGAGUAAUUAUUUAUGAUGACUUAAAGGUAGGCAGACAAUGUAAUAGAGCAGCAGGAAAUGCUAGCAGAAUUAUUGGUUGUAUAGGGAGAAGUAUUAGCAGUAGAAAGAGGGAAGUGCUCAUGCCAUUGUACAGAACACUGGUGAGACCUCACUUGGAGUAUUGUACGCAGUACUGGAGACCGUAUCUCCAGAAGGAUAUUGAUACUUUAGAGCAAGCAUGUCAAACUCGCGGCCCACAAGGACCAUCUUUGCGGCCCGGCGAGCCGCAUGUACAUGCUGGUGUUAUAGCAGAGUAGGCACCUGCUUUCCCCACAUUACAGGUGCCCACUCUGCUAAAACUUACCCAGCCAGGGAGGAAGCAGCGAGGGAGCUCAGUGUUCCUGCUCCUCACUGUUUCCUCACGCCGUCUGUAGCGAAGCCGGGUGCUGGAAUACGACGUCCUACUCUGGCACUUUCAGUGAGUGUGUGUGUGUGUGUCUUUCAGUGAGUGUGUGUGUGUGUCUGUCUGUCAGUGAAUAUGUGUGUCAGCGGGAGGAUCAGAUUUAGCACAGGGUGGUAGAGGGAGGUGCUGUGGUUUUGUAGGUGGUGGAGACUGGGAUUUAGUACUGGGGGGUGCUGUGGUUUAGUAGAGGGAGAUGCUGUGUGGUUUUUUUUUUUUUUCAUCUUGGCAGAAACAGUAAGACAAACGUUUUAGCUUGUCGGCUUGUGCAAAAGUCUAAUGUACAUAACAAAAAUAUCCACUUUGUCAUACAUUAAGUUAUUCAAUACGAGGUCUUUUUACUCAGCUCAAUUCUACUGGCCACCAAGGAUGGUUUUAUGUUUUUUAGAGAAAUUAACUGAAAAUGACAAGAACCGAUAACCAUCGCAUUCUUCUAACAUUGUACCAUUUGUUUUGUCUCACAUUCUAUAGCUAUGGUGCUUGUACAGCCUUUUAGCUCGGCCUAUCGUACCCGGCGUACGCGUGGUCCCAUGUACAGCAUUGGAUGAUAGUAAAGGAAGAUAAGAAAAGGAAAGAAGGGGAAAGAUAGACACUUAGAAAGAGAUGAGGGGGGGACGUAGGUGUGUGUGGCGGAGGACGGGGGCGUCCGGUCCUUGACACUUGUACCUGUAUUAUGGUCCUGUUGCCACCGUCUAGGGCGACUGUCUGUCAUGCCUCCUAGCCCCAUAUGGAUCUCAUCUCGCUCACCUCCCUAUCCCAUUAGGCUGUUAUCCCAGGGUUCCCAUGUUCUUUGGAACGCUACUGUGGUACCUUUCACCCUAGCUGUUAGAUCAUCCAUCAGUCUGCUAUCCUUGAUCUUGGGAAUUACUCCUGUGAAAUUUGGUCCCUCCGGCGACAGCCACGCUGUUGCUAUAUCUCUACGUGCGCUUAAUGUGAUUUUGUGCAAUAGUUUCUGCUCCAGCCUGGUCCACCCCACUAGAGGCCUGUUUAGCAGGUAUACCCAAGGGGCUGUUUUUUUUUUUUUAUAGUGUACUUUUUAAAAUAAAUCUACGUUUCUAUGAAAUUGUAAGGUGGUUUUUUUUUGUUUGUUUUUUUGCGGCCCACAUAAACUCCUUGUUUAUGUGGCCCGUGCCAGACUUUGAGUUUGACAUGCUUGCUUUAGAGAGUUCAGAGAAGGGCUACUAAACUGGUUCAUGGAUUGCAGGAUAAAACUUACCAGGAAAGGUUAAAGGAUCAUGUAUAGCUUGGAGGAAAGACGAGACAGGGAGGAUAUGAUAGAAACAUUUAAAUACAUUAAGGGAAUCAACACAGUAAAUGAGGAGACUAUAUUUAAAAGAAGAAAAACUACCACAACAAGAGGACAAAAAUUAGAGGGGCAAAGGUUUAAAAAUAAUAUCAGGAUGUAUUACUUUACUUAGAGGCUAGUGGAUGCAUGGAAUAGCCUUCCAGCUGAAGUGGUAGAGGUUAACACAGUAAAGGAGUUUAAGCAUGCGUGGGAUAGGCAUAAGGAUAUCCUAACUAUAAGAUAAGGCUAGGGACUAAUGAAAGUAUUUAGAAAAUUGGGCAGACUAGAUGGACCAAAUGGUUCUUAUCUGCCGUCAUAUUCUAUGUUUCUACGUUUCUUCUUUGUUGCCUGUUUGGAAUGUUGGGAGCUAUGUAUCAAUAAUGCAUUCUGCUUUCUGUUUCCCAGCUGGCAGUGCUUGGGGCCUGUACGUGCAGUGCUGGUCGAGAGCCCUGUGCCUGUGCCAAAAUGUCAGCGGCAACCCGUAAACAACUUCUUCAGAUCAGACAAGAGGUAAACAGUUAGAAAAAAAGAAAAUCCUAUAUUAUUGCUGUUAAAUAAAAUGAAAAGGAGAAAUUAGAAAGAAAGAUCUCAGCAACUUUGGAGAGUAAAUGUUGUUAAUCAAUGCAUUGUAAAGUGGUUUGCAUGCAUUUUCCAUUCCAAACGGUAGUAUUUAUUCAAUUCUAAAAACCAAAUAUGGGAGAGUUAUUAAGAUGUACAUGUAGCGGAGCGGCAAUGAUAAAUCCCACGAUCUCCGCUGGUUCAGAAGGUAAUCCACAGUCAAGCCCUGAAAAGCAAGGCAAUAUCCCAAAUCUCCCAGUAACCGGACGAAACACAGUUCUGAGAGUCAACUGAAGGCUUUAUUCACAGGCUCCACAAGUUAUACAAUUCCCCAUGCAAGGGGUUUCCUGAGUCCUAUCCCAGGGGUAUUCCAGGGGUGGACUACGUGGGGAACUUACAGUACAAAGCAUUUCUCCCAUCAGGCGCUGCUGCACGAGAGGGAUCCUCCCACUGGAAUGUGCCGUUAAGUGGAUUAUCCCUCCGUGCAGCAGAACCGGCAAUUUACUUUAAAAUAUACAGUUUUUCGAAUAUUAGGUCUAUUUGCACGAAUGGAGUCUGAGCGCAUCAUUCGUGAGAUUACCGCUCAGAUCCCAGCUAAAACAACCGAACGCCGCACGAAAAACAUAUUCAUCAAAACAUACAUUUAAAAGACCGAUUGAUAUAUGGAGGAUAAAAUACCGAACGGCCCGGAACUCCCGAACAGCCUGGAAGUCCAGCGGUGUUCGCGCCGUCGAGUAGCCAUUUUUAGUACCACGCGCUCCACGACCAAACGCCGCUGGAGGAACAAAGGAUCCAAGAUGGCCGACUGCCGCAUGGUCGGUAGUCGAACGACGGCCACCUAGGAGAGCCUCUAAUUACCGAUUGCAACAUUGUUGCAAUCGGUUAACGAGCGCCACACGUCUCUCAAUGUGUGGGCUAUACAUGUGGGUCUUAUUCGGUUCACGAACGGCCCGCAAAGGCGCUGUUAGUGAAACGAAAGGAAAUCAGCUAUCUGCUUUCGGCAGAUAGCCAAUGCAAGUAAUACAGUGUUAUGCAAUCACAGUCUAUACACACAGAAACAUACGCAUCCUCAAAACAGCACAGGCAACCCUUAAAGCUAUAGUCCUUAUAUAAUGUCCAAGUGGCUAGGUUUGCCACAGUACAUUAGGUCCCAGCUCUGCAAUUUCCCUCUCAAUUGUAUUUGUGACAGUGCUGUCACUGUUCCGUGACAAUUUGUGGCGUGGAGGAGCACAAGACUAAGAGAUCACAAGAUAACAGUGUCAUGUGUAGGUGAUGCACUGGUGUGGCUUCCUUGCAGUGUAUAUCUCACGGUUAGGGUCUUCUUAUUGAAAAGGUAUACAAAAGAGAAGUACUUCAAAAUCUUUGCCCAGUUAUUUAUUUAUUUGUUAUUUCCACAACAAUGCUUUCAAGCCCAUCGACAAAGUUUGCAAGGGAAGGGCGAGGGGCAUCAGUCUGUUCAAGAGGGAUUUAUGAAAUGUCAAUAGCAUUCAUGGUACCUGCAAUUCACUUGUAUUCAUUAUGUAUGAUUUUAAACAGCUCGACAUGGAGAAGAAGAGCAAGGAAGAAGCUUAUGUGAUGGCCGAUGCGUUUCGAAUUGCCUUUGAACAACAGUUGCAACGACGGAAUGACGAACAUGUGCCCUUCAGUGACAUCGAGAAGCUUUGUAAAAAGGGGAGCAAACGUUUUAACAGCUGGAAACGCCUUAAAGAUGAAGGUAAUAAUGAGCCAAUAAAAAUCAUUAGUUGCUGUGCCAUGGUGUUGGUUAGAUGUUUAAUAUGUUGUCAUUCUGGGUUUCUGAUCUGUUAUUACAAACGUAAUUUAUUACUAACUGGUAUUAGUGAAGCUUUGAUGAUCUGACCAUUAGAUGUAAAAAUGUCUGUGUAAAAUGUAUAGUUUGACAUAUUUUGUUAUAAAAUCCAAUGUAGAUCAAUACAGUUUUAUUGUGGUAUGCUUUUCUCCUUAACUCAAUACUGAUUUAUUCAUUUUUUAUUUAUUUUUUUUAUUCUCUGUAGGAUAUCUGUUCACAAAAGACACAUAUAAAGGCCUGGGACAGAAAUUAAAGGGGAUGUUAAAUUCUUCUGCUGACUGUAGAAACUUAGAUUCAUUGGAUGAACCUCAAGAAAUCCUGAAAAUACUGAUCGAUUUGGUGAGUUUACUCGCAUAACUUGCGUGUAUUAAAUAAGAUAAUAUCCCCACGCUCAGAACCCAUUUAUAUGAACAGCUAACUCCUAUCUCCUUUACUCCAGUAAAUAUUACUGCAGGGAUUACUAGGGUGCAUUAGGCAGCAGCUGUAAAUGUAAAACUAAACUACUUCCGCUGUACGGCAGUUUUGUGGCAGCUUUGGUGUUCCAUGAUGCCUUCUCUGCAUGCUCGAAUAUCUAAGAGAAGUGUGAUAUGCUUUUUGCAUUUUUUUCCAGUGGUGCCGUACAUGUGUAUGUACUGUGCCUACAGACUGGGUUUUUUUUUGUCUUCUUUUGGAUCAACAGCAAAAACAUAUGUGAAGAAGGCUGAACUUGAUGGACGGAAGGGAAGUCUCUUCUUUUUUUUUUUUUAAUUCUUUAUUUUGUCUUGUGCACAGUUUGACAACAAGCGUGCAGUGCCACGACAGCAUCUACAUGCAAUUGCAUGACAUUUCAAUGUGUGGCAUUUUAUGUUUUGUAACGUGAGGGUAACAGACUAUUUAGACAGUCGCAUUCUAUAAUGUAACACGCUAGACUAGAUAUGCAUAUAUUAAAACUUGUUAUGCUUGAGAUUGUAUGUGCGUAGCUUGUAUUUGAUGUGGUAUAUAGGCAUUAAGAGUGCAGUAAGUAGUGUGACAGAUUAUUAAUCUAGCAGAGAUGUCUUUAUACUGUGUGAAGCAAGCUAGUUUUUUGGUUGCGUACCUAUAUAAUGCCUACGAAAAAAGAGAAUAAAAUAUUAGACUAUAUGCUAUACAAAGAGAGUCCGUUUAUAAACGUGCUGGUACUAACGAUGUUCUAUGAGUAGUAUAUCACCCAGAGUCCGCUAGCUGGCUUGUGCUCUCUAAGCUAACUGCAUGGUGGGCUCGAGGCUUCACUGGUACCGGUGGGCCUGUGUUUAACCAAUGCCUGAUCUUCCAUAUCGGUGUGACCGGGUAUGCAUGUCCGCUGAUGCAGGGGUUCGGGCAGUGCCUCUCCGUGGUCCUCCGUGGCGUCUUUGAGGUUGCUUCCCCUGCCGGCCAAGCGUACCUCUUCUGGGCUUCCGAUGGUGAGUGACCGCCCUGGAGGGUGUUGGGGCGCUGUGUGGUAUAUCUAGAUGCCGGACCGCUUUGAUACGCUCUCCUCGGGGUCACCGUUUUGCAGGAUGUGGGAGUAUCAUGCUUUGCUGCGGGGUUGGUAGUCAUUGGCAGGGGUAGACAAUGUGUGGUGUGGCGAUCUACCAGUGUGGCAGCCUGUGUGGGUCCUGCUAGGUCUCCGUCGCAGCUUGCCUGUGUCAUGGCUCGUGGGGUGGAUAGGUAAGUAGUUGCUUGUGGGGCUGCUGUGCAGAGUAAGCUGGGCAUGGGCUCUUCUAGCCCCUUAGACCCAUGAUUGGGUACCCCGUUGGUUGCUGUGGUCGUUGCAGGAGGGUCAUCCCUUCUGCCGAUUUCAGCGCACACGGUCAUCGCCAUCUUGGGUGGCGCGCUCGGGCCCUUGGUUGGGAUUUUUGUGUCUUUGGGCUCUGGCUGCACAGCCUCCGGGUGAGGACCGGGAUCACCCCUGCUGGUGGGGGAACAGGGCCAGGUCCGCCCGGGUCUCGACCUCCACCUGGGCACCAUGAGGCAGGCUAGUGGGGCAGCGUCCGUCCGCCCCUCUCACCGCCGUCUUAGGCCCCAACUCAGUCGUCGGUGGCUUCACCUCCUGGGGACUGAAGCUCGUGGAGCCAGCCUCUCCCUGGAUCUGGUGUUCCUGUGGCAUCAAAGACCCAUGCUGUCGGUCAAUUUUUAGGUCGAUUUUUUUUUAUUUUUUUGGCUGAAUUAUGGAUGGGUUGCAGGAGCUGAACUCGCUUGCGACCGCCCAGCUCGGCGGCCUGGCCCUUCCCCCGACGGAAGUCUCUUUUCAGCCAUGUAACUAUGUAACAUUUCAACUCUACAAUAGAGCCUUUCUCAAGCUAUGAGAAGGACUCUAUAGUAGAGGCAAAAUCCUGCCUUCUUUAGAUGAUCUGUGUGUGCCAGAGCGAUAGAAGGCAAAGGUUCAGGCAAGUACUGUCAACACUGAGCAUUUGGGCUGUUAGAAACAAGUUUAGACUUUUUGUACAGAAACCUUGCCUACCCUGAGUUAUUUGGGUAACAGUAAUUGUGGGUAUGCUUGUGGUAAUCCAGUAUGGCUGUGCUUAGUUGACUACAUUAGAGUGGCUAGCACAUCUGGUGUGUGUGCCUAUGUGGGCACUUUUACUUUUUUACCAAGAACUUGAAGGGCAGAAUGCAGCCUGUAUAGGCAUCUACACGGGAUCUAGACACAGGAAUGGAAUACAUUCUCCUACAAACGCUCACAGAUACAACUACAGACACACUUACAAGCACUCCAAGAACAACUACCAACACACACAAACAUAACUACAGACAAACAGAAAUAUUUACAGAUACAUAUACUCGGGCACUUACAGGUACAGAAUCACUCUUCCAAACAUUCUCACAAAUAAUCACUCUCUCAGGCAUUCAUAUUUAGACACACUAACUCUCCCAAGUAGAUUCAUAGAAACAAUCACAUUGUCACAGAUACCAAUAUGUACAAACUUUCACUAACACGCAGUCACACACUGCAGGUAAAAUACACACAUUCAAAGCAUAUUUUAUAGCCGUGAUAGCUGCACACAUCAAGUAAUAAGGCUAAGACCUCCUCCCCUGCUGAUCACAAAUUCCAGCGACCAGCCCUUCACAAUAUUGGAGGCUCCCGGCUCUCUUGUCUUUGGUUUGACAAGGAAAGAAAACCUGAACACUAUUGAUCUUUUAGUAUUGGAGACUUAACACGACUUGACCGCUUCUUUAACCCCUUAGGGACACAUGACGUGUGUGACACGUCAUGAUUCCCUUUUAUUCCAGAAGUUUGGUCCUUAAGGGGUUAAGCAGGGAGAUUCUAAGACUACAUGCCCCCAUUUUGCAAAUGUUUGACUCUCAAAGAAGAUUCAAAGAUUCCCUAAUCCAGCCUUUAGUUCCCCACCACCAGCCCUGCUCACUUGAGGUGACUUACUGCACACCAGUGUGCCAGGACACCAACCUCCAAUGUGAAUUUAAAGUGAAUUUAAGGGCCAAGUAGCCAAACUGACUCCAGCUCAGCUAUUUUGACCUUAAUUUUGAGCUUUAUUUGUCUUCACUGUAGUGAAUAACACCGACAAUGGUCUUGAUGUUCAACUUUGGCAAAAUGGGGAUGGUGGGUGGUCAUUCUGUUUAGUCGAUUUGCUGCCUUUAUUGAUUUUCUUAAAACUGAAAUCUUUCAUUGGCAGCAGCCAGUUGUAAUAGCUAUUGAAUAAAAACUGUUACUAAGAUCAGUUAUUGACCAUUUAUUAAACGCAUUCUGUGUUCGUGAUUUGAUUUCGCAGCUCAACGAUAAAGAAGAGGCAUUAGCCCAUCAGAGGAAAGUGAGCUACAUGCUUGCAAGAACUAUAGCGGACAAGGAUGAUUCCAAAGAGAGCCAGUGUAGUCCCAAGUCACCUGACAAAACCCAACAUUUAAACACCUCCGAUACAAGUAAUGUUACAGAUCCAACUACCUGCUUAACUAAUAAAUCUACCUCGUGCAGCUGUUCUAGUGAACAAGAGAUCAGCGAUUCAAAGAUAGACUGUUCUAGAUCCAUUGAGACCUCUUUUUCAUCUAUGUUAAAGGAUGUGCCUCCUGAAAAGGAAUCCUCAGAAGCUGUCUCCAAGACUAAUCACGAGUUGGAAUGUUGUAAGGUCGAAGGCGCCGAAACACAAAAUACAUAA